AACGAAAGAAAGAAGCGGGGCGGCGGCGCCACCGUGGAACUCCUCGCCGGCGCGUCACAAUGGGAUGGAAGCGACCGGGGGGCUCGAAGCAGGUGAGGCGGGGCGCCUGCAGGGGGCGCACGGGAGCAGCCCCCUCUCAGAUGGGGGCUUCUUCCCACGGUCGUCUGAAGGCUUCCAGCUCUGGCUGGUUCACCCCACGGGCCCCCUAUCCUCCUGUCCCCCCAUCGCCCUGGGGACAGAUUUCCCUCUCUGCGCCUGUGCCAAGUUGGGGCGCUGGGCACUUGAUUGAUGCGAACGACACAAAAUGAGUGAGGUCCUUAUUUAUUUUAUAGAAACAUAGAAUUGUAAGGGAUGCCCGAGUCCAACCCCCUGCAAUACAAGAAUCUUUUGCCCAGCGUGGGGAUGAAGAGCCUCACGCCCUACUGACUGAGCUGUCUUAAAGGCAGCUGUUGUGAUUCGUCACUGUUGUUCGUAAAGGUAAAGGUAAAGGGACCCCUGACCAUUAGGUCCAGUCGUGGCCGACUCUGGGGUUGCAGCACUCAUCUUGCUUUAUUGGCCAAGGGAGCCGGGGUACAGUUUCUGGGUCAUGUGGCCAGCAUGACUAAGCUGCUUCUGGUGAACCACAGCAGUGCACGGAAACACUGUUUACCUUCCCGCUGGAGCGGUACCUAUUUAUCUGCUUGCACUUUGACGUGCUUUCGAACUACUAGGUUGGCAGGAGCAGGGACCGAGCAACGGGAGCUCACCCCGUCGUGGGGAUUCGAACUGCUGACCUUCUGAUCGGCAAGUCCUAGGCUCUGUGGUUUAACCCACAGCGCCACCCACGUUCCUACUGUUGUUGGUAGUUUUACAUUAAUUCUCCUUGUGCUUUGGAGUGUGUGUGCUAGCAGUCUACAUGGAAUCAUAGAAUGGUAGAGCUGGAAGGGACCCCAAGUGUCAUCUAGUCCAACCCCCUGCAAUGCAGGAAUCCUUUGCCCAAUGUGAGACUCGAACCCACUACCCUGACAUUAAGAGUCUCAUACACUGAGCCACGUGUAUACACAUAUACACAAGGUUAUUAUAGAAUCAAAGCUUUAGAGCUUGAUGUUUUUAUUAUGUUUUUAGAUAUGCUGUAAGCUGCCCAGAGUGGCUGCGCAAAUCCAGCCAGAUGGGCUGAGUAUAAAUAAUAAAAUUAUUAUUGUUAUUAUUAGUGAUACUAUUAUUAGCUCAGGAAUUAUUAUUAUUAUUUAUUGUUUACCUGCCCUUUACCCUAAGGUCGUAGGGUGUGUAACAACAAAAUAUUAGAAAUGGUCCAAAGCAUCUUCUAGUCUCAAAAAUAAGGGGUGUCCUAAAAAUAUACAGCUCAAGCAUCAAAAGGCUGGGUGAAGAAGUAGAUAAAGUAUAGUUUUGACAGGUCCAAGCCCUGAAGGUGGGCCUUGGAUUGCAUAAAUAUGGGGGCAUUUGUGAAGUGCAGGUUUUCCCAGCACAGUUCUGCAGCAGGAGGACAAACUAUGCUCUUGGGAAACCUCUCUUUCACAGCUUUGACAUCUUGAGCCUGCUCAGAAAUAAUUCUUGUUUGAAUAUAGGCUGCGGUCCUGACCAUAGCUACUCAGAAGUCCAAUUGAACUUAAUGGGGUUUACUCCCAGAUAUGCUUGGUUUGAUGUGAAGAUUGGGGGGGACUUAACGUGGAUAAUUCUAAGCCAAAACCUGAAAGUGGGAGGUAUAAAAUUGCCAGAGCAGUUCAGGUAAAGAAACUUGAGUUUUUCACUCUUAGUUCCUUAGAGGGAAAGAGCUGGAAGCCAUAUGGACCAAGCAAAUAAUGUGGAUAAAUGGGGAAUCUUUUUUGUGAGCAGAUUUCCAACCUUGUAUAUUUACAUUUCAGGUAAUAAAUUGGGAAAUCUAGUCACAGAACUCCCACACAAGAUAUAUUUCGGCCCUCACACAUGCUUUGCUCAUAAGUGGGUAGCGGUAGUAGCAUGUGGUCAGCUUUUUACUUCUAGGCCGCAAUGUAGUUAUUGAGAUGUUUUCUCCCACAGAAAUGGUCUUGGUGACAAAUGUAAGCAGGAAUUCAGUUCUAUACAUGUUCCCUCUUGGAAUUCAUGCCAUACCUGCAAUUCCACACAUCCACACCUGAACAUAGAAUGUGAAAUUGUUUAGAGUGGAAUCAUUUUCUCUGGGAAAUUGAAAUAGGUCUGUCUAAACAUGGAAAACCAAGCCAAGCUGUUCCCUUCCUCCUCACUGCCAGGUUGGAUUCAAAAAGCUAUAUGUGGGCAACCUCCCAAGUUUCACUGGGUUUUGUAUGGACUCUUGCCAGUUUAUUACUUUGCAGUUUUACAGCUCCCUAAGCUUCCUGAGAAGUCCAUGCAUUUAUUAUAAGGUGUAUUGUUUUCCUAGCAUAGAUGGCUGCGUCUGUAAAAAUCCAUACUAAAACUUGGAUGCAAGAGAUGUGCUUAUAUUUCCCCCCAAACUGAAGACACUGACAGUGGGUAAAAGUUCUUUCCAAACUUUCCCACUGAAAACUUGGUUUAAAAUGUUGGUCUUAAGAUUUUUAAUAUUUCUCUAAUUAGCUGGGCCAUCCCUCAAUUGAAGUUGAGUUUUGCUUUUUACGGAUUCUUUUUCUGUCGGAACCCCUGUAUGUUCUUCUCCCAUUUGCCUCACAAUUGCCUGAGCAGUUCAGGUGAAGAAAUUUGAGCUAGCAAGGAAUUAAAUUCCAGAGUGAAAAAAGAGAGUGUGCUACAUCCAAGCCUCUGAACAGCUAUCAAAAUAGCACGGCAUCUGGUUCUGGUAGCUGGGACUUUUGCACUCUAUUGAAUUACAGUGCUUAUCGCAGGAUUUCAUUUGCCAUGGAGUCACCAGCUCGGGUAUCCAUGUUAUAUUAGAGGGACUAGAUUGCAGUGAUUCCUAGUAGCUUCUCUUGUGAAUGAAUACUGUUAAUCACAGCACUUUUUUGGUGCCAAUGUGGUAUAGCGGCUUGAGUAUUGGGCUAAGACCUGAGAGACCAGGGUUCAAACCUCCACUCAGCUCACUGGGUGACAUCUGACCAGUCACUCACUCUCAACCUAACCUACCUCACAGGGUUGUUGUGUUUAUAAGAUGAGGAGGAAAACUGUGUUUGCCACCUUGAGCUCCUUGGAGAAAAAGAUUAGAACAAGUGUAAAAUAAAUAUAUAACUAUGCAAAGUGCUUUACAAUCCUAAUUCAUUCUUUUUUGCCACCUUGUAAGGCUGGUCCUUAUUAUUCCCAUUUUACAAACUGGGCAAUGGAGGAUGAUAGCUAUUGGCUUGUUCAAUGUUACUCAGGGCUCCUUUCCAGGAAAAAAGAGUGAUUUCCGUGUAAGAUUAUUUUGAUGUGGCAGUUGAACAUAGAUAAACAACGGAGACUGACUGCAGACUCAAUCAGCAUACAUGCUGCAGUUAAUGAUCAUGCAUGUGGGAUCACCACAGAUUAUGAUCCACAGAAUAAAGUAUCAGUACUUAGUAUUUAAAGCAUUUCACACACAUUAUCUCAUAUGGGAUACAUGUGGAAUUCAUGCAAAUUGUUCUAUGGAAGCGACCUUUGCAUAGGGAUUUUGCAACAUGAAAUCACGGCAUCAAAGUACUUGAAUUCAGGCCCUAAUCCAUCACACGGGUAAAUAAACUGCAGUGAUUCAUAUGUUUUAUAGCUGACACUUAGAGACAAGAGUUCUGUCUCCCUGGAGGCAAAAUGCACAACUUACCACUUGGUACCGCAGCCAAAGGGUAAAUGUUUGCACAAACCCUCCCCUGUGCACAUAUAGGGCAUUUUGAAGGGCUUCCUAGAUACGGCAUCACUAGCCCUGUUGUUCUGGUCUUCUUGUUUGAAGUUGCCCAAGUGACUACAAUGGUAUGUGGAUCUGGAACACUGGAAUAACAUUUUGCCAGGUAACUGAAGAGGCCAGAGUGAUUCACUUCUUUACUCUGGUCUUUGGCACCCGAAACAUACAUUUCUAGGACCCACCCAAUUAUUGUGCCUGCAGUCUGUUUUAAACUAUUUUCAUCAUUGCAUUUUAAACCCCUGUAACUUUCCCAGGGCCUUUAUGGGCGGAUAAUAAAUCAAAAUAGUAAUUAUAAUUCAAAUACACAUUAGAAUUUGGAUCUUAAGACAACUUCAGGAAUUUGACUGAAGGAAAGUUCCCUGUUUCCUCCCUACCCACCUCUCAGCCACCCAGACAGCUUUAAAAUCGCUUCAGAGGGUCAACCAGGGGUUCCGAGCGAGACACUAUCAGCAUACUGAUAACACUCAGCUCUGCUUUUCAUUGGACGAGGGCCAGUCAACUGAAGCUCAAUCCCAACAAGAGGGGAAAGCUGUGGGUAGAUGGUUCUUGUAUUCUGGGAGUUGGCAUUCUACUUGCUCUAGAAUGGGUUGCAUACCCCCCCCCCCCGGCCGAAGGGUCAGGUUCACUUCUUGGUUCCCUGUUCCCAUUGGAUCCAGUUUUGCUCUCUAGAGCCUUGGUCCACAGCACCUCCUCCUUCCUGCGUCACCAACUGCAGCCUCUGCCGGACAGGAAUGCUCUGGGUCACAGUUAGUCACACCGUGAUCACCUCUUGAUUAGACUGCUAUAAUGGUAUUUUAGGUGUGGCUUGAAAGAUGACCAGGAAGCAUCAGUUGGUGCGGAACACAGCUGUCGUGAUUUGAUAAGGAUAUCUGGAUCCCAUCUCCAACGCAGUUGGCAAAAGCUUCAUAUUGCAGCUUCGCUAGCAAAACAUCUUGGGGGCCCAGGUAACUAAGGGUGCAGGCACCAACCAUAGCUUUUCUCUUCUCCAAACAAGAUGACAAUAGAAUGACCUCACUAGAGAUCCUUGCCUUGCACCAAUACUUCUUUCUUUCAGGCACCAGGUUGAACCUGGUGUACAUAGAACCUUCUGUAUUUCCUCUGGUUUUAGGCAUUUUUUUAUUGUUGCCCAUGGUUUCACCUCCUAGUAAGUUCUUUUAAUGUUUAUUACUAAUGCUGUGGGAUUUUUAAAACAUUCUUUUUAUUUCAUUUUCCUUAAACAGGUAAGUUACCUUUUUGUAACCAUUUUGUCGCUGUGGUAUGCUAGUGAGAAGUAGUAUAGAAAUAUUUGAAAUAAUUAGACAGUACAAUCUUAACCAUGUCUGCUCAGAAGUAAGUUCUGUUGAAUUCAGUGGGGCUUCCUCCUGGGUAAGUGGGAGGGCUAGGUUUCUGGCUAAUAAAAGCUGUUGGAGCUGGUGCUAACUUUAAUUUAAAUUUAAAUUCAAUUUAUAGCAUCGAGACCAGACCUGAUUUACUGGUUGGAUGGCAUCAAUUAAAAAAACAAUCAUGUGUUUUUAUUCAUGUUUUAAGGGGAACACAGAAGGAAGCAAAAAAUCAGUGUGGUUGCAAUGACUGGCGGCAUAGGUAAACGGCUUGCAUGGAGUGAACGUGAGUAUUCUAAGGUUAUGAUAUUUUAUUAAUAAAAUUACACAUGGAACUUCUGUUGGAGCUAUGUUGUGUCUUUGACUGUAUAAAGUGGUAUUCACAGUGCUUUCAGUGUAUUGUGUGAAUGUAUCUAAUGUCUCUGUGCAAACCUAUGCUUUGUAACAUGAAACCUCUUAAGUCUAAUUCCAGACUCAGCUCUAUGUAUGGAAUGUUUUUGUACAUGUAUCUUCUUGUACAUAAAGAGAGAGAGAAAAAGAAGGGAGAGGCUUUUGUAUUUAUUUAAAAGUUUCUCUUUUUGAUCAUGCUUUAAAAAAGGAGGAGUCAUGAGAAUACAGUAGAGUACCAUGGAAAGGAGGUGAGAGGGGGAGAUGAGAUAGUUGGCAGACGAAGGGAUUGCAAUAAGUAAACCUGGUGUUAAGUUGUGGGUGAACAUAUCAGACGACACAGCGAUUCUUCAAACAGCUCUUGUUUAUUCAGAGGCCAGAACUAGAACUGACUGAAGGGCUCAGUCAGCCUGCUUAUAUGGAGCUCCAGUACAACGUUACUGUAGCAACUUUCUAAAACUAUCCAAUCACUGAACGUCACUUUUGAUCCUUCAUUUGCAUAAAAACUAUCCAAUCACUGAACGUCACUUUCGAUCCUUCAUUUGCAUAACUACAGUAUCCCCCUGCUGGCCCAGGGUGAGAACUUCAGUACAUAACACCUAGCUUGCACGUUUUCCCCUUUACAGAAGUUACUUUUGGUGGGAAGCCUAAAAAAGAUCCUGAAAAACCUAAGACGUUGGUUGCCUGCGAGAAGAACUUGGAGCGAAAAGAAAGGAGAGAUUAUGGCGUUCAGUGGGACUUGGAUGUGCAACUUCUCAUCUCUUCCCCUAAAUGGCUUCAGCUGCAUGGGCUCAAAAGGAACAAGCUGACCUUUUCUCAGAUUUUAUCCAAGAUUGGAUUUCAGCACAAAGAAGGUAUGAUGUGCAGCAAGUCUUUUCCAUUUGCAUGAUGUACAGCCUGAUAUUUUGCUCAGUUAGCUGGAGAAAUAAACCCUGUUGCAUUCAACAGUAAGUAACAGCUUGUGUAUGGGAUAUCCAUUGGGGCUCACUUCUAAAUAAACGGGCAAGGAAUUGGUGCAAAAAAAUAAAAUAAAAUAAAUGACCCUGCAUGAUGGAGACAGCACAUGUACAACUUCUUUUUAUUCUAGACUAUGUAUCCAUCCUGGGGAAACUUGUGGCUUCUCGAUACGCAAAUGGGUUGUAUCGUCAAUACAUGACAGGAGAAGACGGCAAGCUGUAUAACGUAAGUGGCGGAUUCAGAGUAAUAAUAUAUCUUUUGGGUAAGAUAAUAUUAUAUAUUGGCAGGAUGAGGUGGUGGCUGGGUGUAGUAACAACCUGCCCUCUGGCUAUAAAAAGUUUGUGUUUGAUGCUCUUUAAAAUCUGGACUCUGCUUUCAGAGUUCUUGCUGACCUGUUGAAGCUGGGCUUGGGGAGAACUACCUCCAGAAUACAGAGUGGAAGUAAUAACAAUGAGCCUGGGGUCACUUAGCUUCAGAGAGGUGUUCGAUAACCGAUAUUGGUUUGCUGAUCCAGCACCUAUAUUAUUCAACAACAAAACUACUGACAUGGGUUAUUUUCAGAAUCAGGACUUCCUCUCUUGAAUUUUUCCAAGGUCUAGUAGGAUUUAAUGAGCUAGAAGCUGGUAUUGUUUGGACGUUCCAUGAAACUGAACAAUUUUUUUUGGCCACUUUUCAUCCGUUGUGAAAUGCUGAUUGGGUGGUAGAUGUGUGUGAAUUAUAGCUCCAGAGAUCCGCAGUUCUGUUGCGAACAGCUGCCCCACUCAGCACCCUCCUGCUGCUGAGUACUGUUGCUCAUUGGGAUCAGGCGAGGCGAUCAUAAGGUUGGGGGAGCUCCUGGUUGCUGGUUGGCGGCCUAACCGUUAGAAUUCCUGCUCCAUGAUUGCAGUCAUGGGAUUGUUGUCUAUCACAUGACGGUAUAUGCUUUGACUCCACAGAGUGGUAAGUGAUGGAGACAGGAUGUUUGUCUUACUGUGUUCCUUGAAGUGGGACUAUUGUCCUUUGUUCUUUUCCUCUUUGCUGUCUGAUGCUAGAGAGAGAGGGAGCCAUGUUGCAGUGCUCCGUGUGUGUUUAUAUGUAAAUAAAGUAGAUUAGCCAAAAUGCUGAGUUGCUGAGGUCUGUUACGCAAGCUGCAGAUCCCUAAGUGUGCUGAUGUCUGUUGGCAUCGGUCGCUGUGAUGUUCGGGCAGAAGAAAGCUUUUGAAGCUCCCGAACAAACGACCAGGAGGGAGAGAACAUGCCAGUCGGGCAUGUGACUCUACCAGGGUCCUACUCAAGUGUAGGACGAGCUCCUCACAUCAACAUGCCCUUUAGUUCUUCUAUGACUAAACUGGAGCUCCUCCCACCUCACCAUCACUUUGCUCUGUUGUAAACAAAAAUUGCCCUUUUCCCUUAUGGGGUAUCCAAGAGCCCAUAUAGAGUCCUUACAUAGGUUUCCUAUUGGUAGGAGAAAAUAACAGAGGCCAACCAGAGGAUAUUGAGAAGCAAAGCAGCUAGUAAGCUUGAUCUUUAUUGAUCUGUUGCAACAGGGUGCUCCCCUCACCCGCAGGAGAGGAGGAGGAACCCAGAACAAUGGCAUGCAAGGCCUUAUAAAGACUUUUGAAAUUGCCCCCCUGUAGAUCAAGACCACCCCCAGAAACAUCAUACAUACAUCACAGAAGGGGUGUAACCUAAGACCACCCCCCGGAUACACUAUAACUACAUCACAGAAAAGGUGGUCUAAAACAGAAAUUUGAAUGUUGUUUUUCUCCUGUCAUUGUUUAUCUCCUGUCUGGCAGGUUACUUGAUUGGAUUGCCUGGAGAGCCUGGCCAGUCUUUUAUAAUGAUAAAUACUUAGUUCCUGGGCCAGGUCACAGGCUCACACCCUAUUCAUAUCUUAAAUGUGCCCUUAAGACAGGAUUUGUGAAGAAAGAGACAAUGCAGAGGUUUCCCACUUUGACCUUGCAGAGAAAACAUUUGCUCAGCUUAAGAAUCAAAAUGGUUCCAGGUUGGUCUUUCUGUGCUGAUCUAUGUACGUGCUUGGUUGGUAACUUAUGAGCAUUACCAUAUAUCUAAGACCUCAAAAGUCCUAUCACAGCUCUCUUAAGCUAGCAGUGGCACAACUGCUGGGAGCAUGCCCCAUCACUCUGUCCACUCAAGGGCUGCUGCUGUGCUCACCAUUUGGAUGCUUGUUCAGUACUUUGAUGGUAAACACUUGCUGAAAAACAAUGGCUCCAGUUUGACCCCGUUCUGGAUUUUGCAUCAGAAGGCAAGGAUAGGAGAGACCCGUCACGUAGAGAAAAUGUGAUUCUGUGCGCUCUUAUAGUAGCCAAGAGACUGAUGUUGAUGAUCUGGAGGAAUAAACAUAUGAUCCACGUUAAUAAAUGGAUCAACAAUAUGAUAACACUCACAGCUUACGAACAUACUGCUUACAGACGUAGACUUUGUUUGGAUAAAUAUGACAAUAUUUGGAACGAGUUUAUAGAAAAUGUAGUAGGUCAUUCAUCUUUACAUAUGUAUUAGGAUAAUAAUAUCAAAUUUACAAAAGAAUGUAUGGGUUAGGGUGUUUUUCAUUUAUAUUCAUAUAUAUUUUUUCUACACAUUUUUGUUCCUUUUUCUUUUCUCAUUCUCUUUUUCUUUGCAUCACUUUAUUUCUUUAUAAUUGAACCCUUUUCAAUAAAAUAUUAAUACCAAAGUACAGAUCCAUCAAGGAGGUUUGCCAGCUCUUAAAAAGUGUGUUUGCAUUUGUAAUUGCCUUGAUGCACAUCUUCUUCAUUUUCCAUCCCUAUUAUUCCCUGUCUUGAUUUUGACAUCUUCACUCUUUUUAAAAUUUAAAUGCAGCUGACAGCCAAAAAAGACCUCCUCUUUCAUUUUGUGGAUUGUCUUACUGGAGCUAUCGAACUGUAUAAACAAAGGAUGGAAUGGCUAACCACAGAAAGCCGGCAAAUAUUUGGAGUGAUUCAGGAACAGAGCAUCACCAUUGUUCUGGAUUUUGGUGUUGCUUCUAGAGCUGAGUUUGAUCUGUGUCGAGAGGCGCUUUCUAUGGUCUUCAAACAGCAAGUGGCCCAAAUCUCCCGAUUUAACAUCAUUCAGUAAGUUUCCUACACUUUAUUAAGGAGACUUGCUGGAAUUCCUAAGACUACAACCAUAAUAAUGAAGUUUGUUGAAAGCAUAUCGCUGAUGAACAUAAUCAGACUUUAUCUGCAAAGCUUUUAUGCCAUUUUGAAUAUGAGGCCAUGAGUAGAAAUCCUUCUUAAGCGUUUUAUUUAUUUAUUUUAAAACACUAGUUCUCUUUAAGUGGAAAAGAUUCGUUUUCAAACCGUGUAUCUUCCUCUCAGCAUUGAUCAACACACAUUUUCCUGCAAAGGUCAGCUAGAUUUUGCCUUAGAGACCAAAACAAAACAAAACAUAGUAAGUACCGUAUUUUUCGCUCUAUAAGACGCACCAGACCACAAGACGCACCUAGUUUUUGGAGGAGGAAAACAAGAAAAAAAUAUUCUGAAUCCCAGAAGCCAGAACAGCAAGAGGGAUUGCUGCGCAGUGAAAGCAGCAAUCCCUCUUGCUGUUCUGGCUUCUGGGAUAGCUGCGCAGCCUGCAUUCGCUCCAUAAGACGCACACACAUUUCCCCUUACUUUUUAGGAGGGAAAAAGUGAGUCUUAUAGAGCGAAAAAUACGGUAGAUUACAAUUAAGGUCAGAUUUAGUAUCUCCAUAAUACCUCCCACAAACUUUAUUCUCUAUAGCUAAUGCACCUAUUGCUCCCUCAGACAAAGUAUAUGCUAAUUUUUUAAAACAUGUUUGUUUAUGCUAAGGGUCAGCAACUACAGACCUGGGGAGCCCAUUCUGGGAUUUGAGGAGUCCUGCCUAGUGCUUGAUUUGCAUGGGGCCAAAGAGGCAUUUUGGAUAAGAGACUGAUUUUGGGGGUGGGGGUUAGGGCAAUCCAUUCUGACUCUAUUCUCCAGGAAGUCUAGGUGGUAGCCCCACUGUGACCAUUAUUUCAGGAUGAGAUUUUUAGCUCAAAGCGCAGGGAUCAAUGCUGAAUGCUCAGGCCCCUCUUCCCUUUCUCUUCGACCUCUGUCAGACUGGGAGAAUGAGCGGGACCUUUUCACUGAAUAUUGAUCGAAGUAAUUCAUCUGGGAAACUCCACAGACAUUUGGCACCCAGAUCAUAUGUCUGUCUAGACACUGGAUAAGGCCUUUCCCCUUCCACCCCCCACCCCUCAAUAAUCUCCAGACCAAAACCUUGACAGGGACAGAUGCUCCUUGCUGCCCUUUUUAGUCUACCAGAGCUGUUAUUGCAAGACAAGUUUAGCCAUUUCUCCAGGUAUUUUAGCUAUUCUCCUUUCCAGGGGGGCUCAAGAUCUUGCAAAGUGGCAAGAGAAAACUGUUCCUGUGUCGGAGGCCUCUAUAGAAGCGGCUGUCGAGUGGCUGUGGGCGAUAGAGUACAGGCCAGCUGUUUGCCACUCGGGCCCCAUGGAAGCGAUCAUGGAGGCCUUGUUUGAUGACACGGUAAUCUCUCUCACACAUUUCUAGAAGUCUUCGGUUAUGUCUAGGGAUAUAUCCCCGUGAGAGUUUUGACUGCAAGUGCUACAGACAUGAAUUAUGGACGGGGAUAAUACAUGCUAAUAAAAGAACAUUGGGGGCUAUUUAGAAGGAAUUUCUUUCAAGUUGAUUUGCAGGCUGGUUCUUACCAAUAUCAUAUAUGCAUGACAGCGUUGCAUUCUGAGAGCAGAAUUUCCCACGGAACAGGCAAGAGAGAAAUGUUUCAAUGACACUAAAGGGGCUUUGAAGCAUAGGCCUAGUUUCAAUGAACCUAUCUGAAAGUUAAGAGAUGCAAAUACCUCUUUGGCGCACUGCAACCUUUUUUAGGCGAGCCACAAUUAAGCCAGGAAGUCUCCAAUUAAUCUCAGUUUCCCUAACACUUCUGGGCAUGUUGGGCUCACUGUGCAGCCCUUUGGGCUGAAUUGCUGCUAGUAUAAGAUAUGCCAGUGCGGUGUAGUGGUUAAGUGUGUUGGACUAGGACCUGGGAGAUUGGGGUUCAAAUCCCCACUUGGCCACAAAGCCAUGGACUUGGGCCAGUCACCGUCCCUUAGCCUAACCUAGCUCACAAGAAUGUUGUGUGUGGGGGGGGAACCAUGUAUGCCACCUUAGCUCCUUGGAUGAAUGGGGGGAUAGAAAUGAAAAGCGGGGGGGGGGGGAUGUUACAAAUAUGCUUCAUGGUUCAAAUGACUUGUCCAUCACAGACCGAGGCCGUGUACUAUUUCACUGUGGGCGAUAUGCCAGAAUGCAUGAGACAUUUGCUCCUGCAGAAGAUAUCGAGGUGCCCGUGCCCAGUCCAUACAGUGUCUUUUAAUGCUCGAGAAGAAGAGACUAUUGCUUUAUUAAAGGAGCUGAGUCAUCUGACCACUGGCAGGUAUGAGGUAAAUGAUUUCAGCACUAUCAAUCUAUUUUGCAAAUGGAGAUAUGGAUCCGUGCAGAUUGCAUGCUUUCUCUUUGUGUUUUUUGCCCAAAUAUGUCACUUUCCCCUUCCUCUGUCUCUCUGAGAAGAAAAUACAAGGUCUGGUGGAACAGGUUCAGCCCAAGAUGUUUAGCUGCCCAAUGCGGUGUACAGUGGUACCUCAGGUUACAAACGCUUCGGGUUACAAACACUUUGGGUUACAAACUCUGCUAACCCGGAAGUAGUACCUUGGGUUGAGAACUUUGCCCUAGGAUGAGAACUGAAAACGCAUGCCAGUGGCAGUGGGAGGCCACAUUAGCAAAAGCACGCCUCAGGUUAAGAACUGUUUCGGGUUAAGAAUGGACCUCUGGAACGAAUUAAGUUCGUAGCCUGAGGUACCACUGUAGUUAAACGCCCCUCUCCCCUAUUCAAGGUGCAUAGUACUCAAACUUGACCAAGUUACUCCCUGGGAGUAAAGAACACAACAAUGACAAGCAUUUAGUGCCUUUCAUGACAUCCAAAAUCAGCACUCCAAGGCAGCUUUGCUUAACGGUAGAGCAAGCCUAAAAGAGUGAGGCCUCAAUCGUGAGUUGCUAUUAAACUGAUAAAUGCAAGUUAUGCUACGCGAACCCCGUUUGUUAUGGGCAUCUGUGAGUUUUAUGAAACUCUGGUGAUAAAAGAGUACAAAGAGAACAUCCUGAUGGUGCUUGAGCAUGACAACUAGUGGAAAUUACUGCAUUUAUUUGUUGCAGUUAUCUUUUCUUUAAGAAGUCAAAAGUGAAACGUGUUUUUUAAAACAGCCAUGUGAGGUGAGCUAGGUUGAGAGAGGCUGACUGCCCCCAAAUCACUCAGUAGACCGUAGCUGAGGAGUGACUUAAACUUGGGUCUGCCUGGUCUGACAUACCAGGCUCCCUUGAUGCCUGUUUAUAACCUUUGCAUACUGUAUAGAUUGAAACACUUUAUCCCUUCAGGUUCCAUGCAUUUGCUGAGAGAACGGACUACAUGGACAUGAUAGAAACCUCAAUAAGCGACGAGGAUGAGAAAGCCUUACUUACCCAGAAUUCGAGGAAACUGAAAGGGAACCUGCCUCUAGGUAAAACAAAAGAAGGUUGAUUGUUAUGCCCCAAAUGUCUUCCUCCCUUCAGUCCUCCAGAGUCUCCAUGGACCACAGCUCUCACCAGCCUUGCUCCUCGCUCUGUGCCCUCCUUAAGUGCUUUUGCCUGGUAAGAAUGUAGUCAUGGUCUGUGGCGAUGCCUCUCGUUGGUCUGAAUGGAGGACAGGGAAGUUUGCAUCUGGUCUCACCCACCACCUGACAUGUAGCCCUCAUAAAAUUCCCCAGAGGGGAAUGUGGGUUUGGGGAUUAAGAAGUCUCUCCACCGUUGCCUUAGAAUCUUCAAGAUAACAUUCUUAUCUAGGAGAAUCUGGGGGCACUAGCAGGCAUUUUAUUGGAACAAGGGGGAACAGAAUGCUUCCUCAGUACAGAAUGGAGAUAAGCAAGAGUUCUUUGGAAGAAGAUAGAACCAAUAGUGCAACAAGGGAAUUUUAGACCCGUGUUUCCCCAACUUGGGUCUCCAGCUGCUUUUGGACUACAAUUCCCAUCAUCCCUGUCCACUGGUCUUGCUAGCUAGGGGUGAUGGUCGUUGUAGUCCAAAAACAGCUGGAGACCCAAAUUUGGGAGACUCAAUUUUAGACCCUGGACUUCACAGUCUUUGAGAGGCAAAGCAGACCAUUGACAUUUGUCUUCUUUCCAUUGACAUUUGUUUUACGUUCCUGACAUGUUAGAGCAAAACUCUUAAGCAAGAGCAGUUUUCUAGCUGUGAUAAAAAUUAUGACACUCUUGAGCAUGUGCAGUUUUGCAUUUUAAGAGCAUGCUUAAAUCACAGCACCAUCUUGCUGACAGGAAUCAAAUGGGACCCUUCGUUGCAGAAAAGGAGAAUGUGUUUCAUUAUUUUUUUUAAAAGAGCAUUAGUAACCCUCCAGCUGCCCCUAUGAUGAUAGAAUAAUAGCAAAGGAUGCUGCAGUAACCAGCAUCUUUCCUGGUGGACCUCAGCCUGCCCAUGCCAGCCUAGGUGUUGAUGCUGGGGCUGUUUGCCACUGCCUCCACCAUCUGCCAUAUUUAGCCCUGUGGUCCUGCCUUAUCUGAAUCACCGGAUAUGUCGCCGGUGUAACUGGCAGAUGCAUGUGUGGCUGCCCCACAACUGUGGGACCUUUUCACUGGAGGACUCCAAAACUAGAACCUCUGCAUCUUCCUGGAGCAGUGCACAUUUUUCUGCUCAGGCUGCCGCUUCUUCUUAUUUUAUUUUAUUUUAUUUUAUAUACGUCCAAUAUCUGCAAGCAUCAGGGAAGUUACAACAUAAAACCACAAUAUAAAACCACUAGUACUUCAAUUGUUUUCAUUGUGUACACACACAUAAAAAAACACAACAACAAUGUUUAUUUGAAACAUUUCUAUACUACCUCUUUUCAUUCAGAAAUUUCCAGGACAGUUUACAUUUACUCAAAAAGCACAGUAAAAGAGCAGUGAUCAAUACAGUGACUCACAAUGGUAGAACAGUGCUAAAAACAACCAUAUUUUUGCGUGUGUGAAAGAGAGAUACACUGGAGGUUAAAAGUCUGGGGAAAUCAAAAUGUUUUCUGGCUGGUACCUAAGAAACUAGGCAUGCCUCCAUGGCGAGAGAAUUCUGCAAAUGAGGUGUUGCAGCCAAAAAGGCCUUUUCCCUCUGUAUCCACCUGCCUCACUUCAGAUGGUGGGGGUGCACAUUCAAAACAGUGGCAAACAACACGUGUACCAGUUCUGAAAUUAAUUUCACAAAUUUCCUAAGGUAAACUGGAAGGUGCACAGAGUAGAACACAUCACUGGGACAGCCCAUAGAACAAUAUGGUAAUGGGGAACAGUUUUACAACGGCACAUGACAUUGAGAAGUUCAUUGUGCUGUGUGGGAGGGGGAAAGGCCAUUUUCUUUCUGAAACCAUUCUUAGCUAAUAGAGCUGGACACCCCCUAUUUCCUGUAUUUUAGAGAAGAGUGUUUGAUAUUUAGAGAAAGUGAAGAGGAAGGGUGAAAAACAGUCCCUUUCAGAAAGGUGGCAAGUUUGCAUGUUCCAGCAGGCCUGUUUUGAAUAAAUGCAAAAGCCCCCAAGGGGUUUGGUAGCUUCCAAAUAGUUGUGUAUCAAAUUACGUGUGUUAAUAGGAAAGAAGGAAUCGCUAACAGCCAGAGGAAAACAGAGAAACAUUAGUCCCUGUUGUGACUGAGUACACACAAUUUUCAAAUACUGAUUACCCAGGAACAAGGCAGACUAUAUACAUACAUAAAUCAAUACAAGUUCUUUCCUCCCUUUUUGUCACUAAGCUGCAUAUGUGUUGUGUGUGUGUUUUGUAUCACUAACAAGUCAUCACAUCUUGAUUCAAUUACUUUCCAGAUAUUUUCUAGAAUGUGCAAGAUUUUAAACAGGACACAUGUUGAGCAUCCACAUUACAGUCGUACCUCGGAAGUGGAACAGAAUCCGUUCCGGGAGUCUGUUCAACUUCCAAAACAUUCGGAAAACAAGGUGCAGCUUCUGAUUGGCUGCAGGAAGCUCCUGCAGCCAAUCGGAAACCACGGAAGCCGCGUUGGACAUUCGGGUUCCAAAGAAUGUUUGCAAACCGGAACACUCACUUCCAGGUUUGUGGCUUUCGGGAGCCAAAACGCUCGAUUCACAAGGCGUUCAGGAUCCAAGGUAUGACUGUAUAAGUAAAUGCACCAGGGUGGUGGGGAAUUAGCCAGCAUUUAUUUGACUUUAAUAUGUUAAAAAACAACAACUGUAUUGCAAAAUGACCCCCAGGAACCACCUCCUCCUUUAUGAGCCUUUUCACCAGUUAAGAUUGGUGUCAGAGACUCUGCUGUUAGUUCCACCUUUCUUUGAGGUUACAUGGACAGUUAUACAAGUCCCUGGGCCUUUGGGCUCUGAGAUUGUGGAAUACCCUCCCUUUGUAGGUCUUCCAGGUCUCUUACACUUUCCAGACAUCUUUUAAAGACUUAGUUUUUCAACAUUCUUUUUAUCUGCUACUUUGUUGUAUCCUGCUAUUAAAUUUUCAGCUGUUUUAAUUUGCCCGCCUUUACUGCAGUUUUUUAGGAUAGCUUUUAUUUUGCUUGUCUGUUCAUUUAUCUUUUAUAAGGCUGGAGUAAACACUGACUUGGGAUUAAGUCUCAUUAGACUCAGUAGAGCUUACUUUCUGGGUACACACAUAGAGGGUUGGGCUGCAUGCUAUAUAUGUGUAUGUUGCAAAAGUGGAGGGCCUUUUUGGCUCCACAGGCCAGACCCUAAUUAGGAUCGGCCUUGUCAAUAUCAUGAUGUCAUUGUGAUGCCACAUGAUUGGCAAGCAGAUGGGGAUGCCCGCCUGUCAAAUCCGCCUGUCAAAAACACAAGAAACAUUCAAAACACAUUCUUUCCCUCUUAAGAAAUCUGGGCAGUGUAGUUUACCCUUUGCAAAGUUCCAAUUCCCAGCAACCCUCGGCAAACUACAGUGCUCAUAAUUCUUUGAGGGAAAGAAUAUGCUUUUAAGGUAUGUUGCGUGCGCGGCCUAAUUCUCCAAGCCAUGUAGGGUUCAAGCCAGCACAUGGUGUUGACACCCUUGCCCCCCAGGCUGCAAAACAAAGAGUAGAUCCUGGAACAUAAAGAAUAGAAUAAGUGUAAUUGCAUAAAAUGUAGCCAGAAAAAGAAUGCCCCCUUUUCUUGGAAGCACUGCUUGUCCUUUUAUUUAAAGGUCACUUGGGACUGUGAUAUUUCUAAGAGGGACGACUUUCUAAUUCCUCUGUAUUUUAAUUUUAAUUCAGCAGCUGUUUAAUGAUGGCUUGCAACUAACAGAGCCUCUCUGCUGGGUUCCAUUGUGAGCAAGAAGCAUUCCUGCUCCCUCUCGUUUAUAUUUCAAUAGAUGCGUUGAAAGCUGCUGCGGCUCUUAAAAUUAUGCCCCUGCACUUUCCCUUUUCUUAAUGGCUAAAUUGCAGAAUGGUUUUAAUCAGCCCGCAAGUGCAGUAAUCUACUAGAAACGCUUUGUAGGCCGUGUAUUUAUUGCUUUGACAGAAUAGAAUUUACACGUUAAAAGGGAACACAAUUAGUCUUGGGCAUUUACCUAGUAUUAUAGCUGUGGUUAUGACAUCAUGCCUAGCCAAUUGGAAAACUCUGGGUACGUCCAGGACUCCCUCUGCCUCUCUGCCUCUCUCUGCCUUCUACAGCAGAAAAGACUCUGAAGUGUUAUAUUUGUCUUGCAUGUUUUGGGGUCUGUUUAUCGAGCGCUUCCUAGAAAGGAUGUCCUGAGAAACAAAGAAGAUAUAAUAUGAAAAUAACGAUUGCAUUCUGACAUGCUGGCGUGUGAAAUGGGACUAAAUGAUACCCAAAUCAGAGAGAGGGAGAGAGAGAGAGAGAGAGAAAGAAAGAAAGAAAGAAAAAGAAAGAGGAAACCCAGGAAGUUUAGUGUUUUCAUGUUAAAGGUUCAGAGAUACUUUGAGUGGGCUCCCCAGACUACUUAAAUUGUUAUGGGAACAUGGCUGGUGUCCUCAGUCAGCUACCCAGCACAGCUUUUCUCUUGUGUUAAGCAGGCUACUUAACCAUAGGACCCCAGUGUGAAAUUCAGGCAACUAGCCCAUCAAUGUUUCAUAUUUUCAUGAAUUAGUCCCACAGAACUUGUGACUCCGUAGCAGGUUGAUAUACCUUCUGUGCUGGUUGACUACUUGGUGGAUAGAGUUUGGUGUCAUUGAGUGCAGGCCCAAGACACUUUGCUGCCUGAGGCGAAGGACAAGAUGGUGCCCUCCCCUCCUACAACCUACGGAAGCCCACUGGGCUGGCUGUUCAGUCUUACACCAAUGCUGGUGAUAGGACAAGGACCUCCAGUCUUGCCUGAAGGCAGCAAGUUAAUGCAGGAGAUGCAGGGCAGUCUGUGUAAUGCAAACACAGCUCUGCCUCACUCAGCAUCUCACUGGCAUUUGCUGCCCCAUAGCAUAUGCUAUUUGAGACAACUGCCUCACUGCCCAAUGGUAGGGCCGAGUGCUCAAAGCCAUAGUGAGAAAGGGCUCUUAGAUCAAUAAGCAUGAAGGAAGUACCAGGUGCAGUCCUUGGCAUCUCCAGGUAGGACUGGUCUGAAACCCUGGAGAGCCACUGGCAGGCAGUGUAGUUGGCAGUAACCUUCCUGGACCUGUGAAGGCACCUUCCUAGGGCCAUACAUACAUUAUAAGAAGCAAAGCUGCUGAUGAGUGCUUGCUUUUAUCUCAGUCUGCUACUGCCUCCAUGUGUCGCUUCAGAAGGGCUCGCUAGUGUCUACCUUUCCUUUUAAUGUCUCUGUGCCAGAGCAACCUGAUCCUAACAUACCAAGCAUAUGCAACAAAAUGCAGAUCUGGAACUGCAUGCAACUUGUUCCCGUGUUCUGUGGCUGUGCAGUUUAUUGAGCCGGCGAUAAACAGAUUAAACAUUCAGGGUCAGUGGUGUGUGCAGAACAGAGCCAUUGUUUCAUUUGUUUAUUGGCCAGUUGCAGAUGCCCAGAGGAAAUCAGUUAGCAGCUCUUUCUUUCUCUUCUGGGCGGAUUUGUGACCCAGUUCAAAGAAAACUUUUGAGCCUGUUUCUUUUCUUAAGCACCUGGGUUUUCAAGGUAUGCUGAGUCUGAUAUGCAGGUUAUAUUUUGCUAUUAUUAUUAUUAUUACUAGGCAAAGGCCGUCCGGAGGUCUUAACCCAUUGUGAAUUGUGGUGGGAUUCAUGCAGAGGUAGAAUAAUAAUAAUAAUAAUAAUAAUAAUAAUAAUAAUUUAUUAUUUAUACCCCGCCCAUCUGGCUGGGUUUCCCCGGCCACUCUGGGCGGCUUCCAACAGAAUAUUAAAAUACAAUAGUCUAUUUAACAUUAAAAGAAACACAAGAGAAUAAACAAAUACUUUCAGAGUGGAAAACCAUGAAGUGUAGUAUUUUCAAAAGUUCAUGUUGCUCGAUAUUAUGAUCAUCACAUGGUGAACUUAAAUAACUAAAAAAUUUAAAGUGCCUAUGCUUCCUUAUAGUUCCAAGCAAGUGUAAAAGUGGCUUGCAAAAAAUAAGCACUGGGAAUAACUUUAAAUGCCCAAUCAUGGUGACUGUGGCUCAUUUUAGACAGAUCGUAAUCUGAUGGUCCUGGCUUGUACAGGUUUAUGUGUGUUUUUCCCCCAAAUGGUGGUGAUGAUAAUAAGCCACUGCUUGUUUUUAAGCAAUAAAAUUUAUUUCUGGCUAAUAAAUGAGAACAGCAAAUCCUGUUGUACUCUUUUAAGAACUGUGUGCUACUAACCUUUCCUUCAUUCCCCUAGGCCGAUUUCCCCCUCUUAUAUGAAAGUAGAAAUAUAGGAGAGUCCCAGGAGAUGGCAGUAUACAAUAGCACAUUUAAAGUUGUGCAAUGCUAGAAGAAAAAGCAGGAGGAGAGGAGCCUUGCUGUUUCUGUCAGAGCUGCACUUGUGCAUAUGCAAGAACAUACAUACUUUAUUUCAGCCGAGCAAUAAUUGUAGAUUUAUUGGAUCCUCAAAUAUUAGCUUCUUCAAAGUUUUAUGAUAGCUGAAGCAUGUUGCUGUCAGAUCUGCGGCUUAUGGCCCCCUCUCAAGAUUUUGCUGUGCCAGGAAAUAAACUCCUUAAAAAGUAGUUCGCGCCAACUGCGGUGCCACUGCAGCAUCAUAAACCAUGACAUUAUCUUGGCACAGAAGAGGGUUAAGCUGAUACUGCAGGCAAAUAAAGCUGGUGCUGGUAUUUAAUGAUGGGGAGUCAAUCUGUGACUGCUUUGCAGGCGCAGUGAACUAGCACGUUUGCAGGUAUAUUUGAUUUAAAAUACAGCUCCAGAGAAGCUUUCUGGUAUAUAGGGGGGGAAAGCACACAUUUGUUCUUGUGAUAUUUUUGUGUCUGUGUAUGAUUCCCUAUCUUAUCUGCAUCCAUACUGAGAUUUUUUUAUAGUAUUUAAUUGCAGUGUGGCUCUACUAGCAAAAUGACCACCAUUGUGAUAAGUAGGGUUUGCGGUGGGGAGAAGAUUUGUGGCACCUUAACGAUUCCACAUAUUUAUCAAGGCUUAAACAUUUGUGGACUGCAUCAAAUGCACAUUUCAUAUUGCAAGCAUCUGUAGAGAGCGCUGCAUUUCUGCAUGCUCUGUAUGUGGAGAUGCAGUACACUUCUCUGCAGGAUUUUUUCUUGGUAGGCUGGAACACACAGCUUUGACUCACUAUAGCAAUGGGUGCUUUCAGGUAGGGGCAAGAUCUCACAAACGGGCCAUUCACACGUGAUUUUUCUCUGUGGGUGAUGGGCACACGAGGUUCAAAUGCACACGGUUUAAUGCUUUCCAUAGCUAUGCUUUUUAUUUCACAUCCAUACCAGUGGGCGAUCCUUGAUGUAAUAUUUCUGUGCUGUGUGCUUUGGCCCCUCUGCUCAAUAACUGUUCCUUUGCUCUUGACUACCUUUUUCCAUUUGGGGCAUGCAUGCAAGUAUUUCCUGAAGGAGUGUCUCCACCCCAUUGUCCAGCCCGGACACUGAGGUCCAGCUCCAAGGGCCUUCUGGCAGUUCCCUCACUGUAAGAAGCAAAGUUACAGGGAACCAGGCAGAGGGCCUUCUUGGUAGUGGCGCCCGCCCUGUGGAACGCACUCCCAUCAGAUGUCAAGGAAAUUAACAACUAUCUGACUUUUAGGGGACACCUGAAGGCAGCCCUGUUUAGGGAAAUUUUUUAUGUUCGACGUUUUAUUGCAUAUUUAUUUUUUUAAUAUUUUGUUUGAAGCUACCCAGAGUGGCUGGGGAAACCCAGCCAGAUGGGCGGGGUAUAAAUAAUAAAUAAUGAUGGUGUACCUAUGAGCUUGCACUUUUAAAAUAUAUAAUAAGUGUAUAAGAGUUCAGGAGCAAAAAUUACCAGUCCUUAGUGAUCAUGUUAAAACACGUAUGCUCACAUAGCUGUUCACACAGGGGUGAUCCAGCUGAGGUAUUAUCCUGAUUUGUUAUAUUUUGCUUAUUUUUGUUUAUUCACUUUAAAAUCAUGAUUAACACUGUCCACUGCCUUGAUAGUUUUUUUGUUUGGCAGUACAGAGAUAUUUGCAGAUACAUGAAUAAAUAAAUGUUUCAUAAUGGGUUCUUUAAAAAAAAAAAAGAACAAUGUGAGCUGUAGUUCUUUUAAUCAAUAUAAUUUUUUUGUUGUUGCAAAAAACCAAACCAAACCCGUGGGUCUAGAUGCAGUCCAAAGAAAGCAAUCCACAGGUCUUUAGGUUUACUGUCAGACACUAUAAAACCAGCUCAGAUUUGCUUCCCCCAUCUGCAUUAGUCAUUCCCAUGUACUCGGAAUGUGUUUUUUCCUGGAUAUAUUAUUGAAAGGUGUGCAGUGAUUGCCCAUGACUCCUCUAUGAUUAUCAAAAGUAAAGGCAUUCAGAGGGCAUGAAAGGCCAGAGAAACUCAGUAGGUAACUAAAUUUGCUUCUAUUUCUAUGCCUCUUGCAUUACUCCAAAAUUCAGGAACAGGGGUCAGAGAAGAUGUGUACCUGAUCUGGAAGGAGAUGGAAGAAGCCAGGAAUGCACUGAUACAAGUUCAGAGAAUUCUGAUAGAGUUUGAGCAGUCUGAACUACCUUCAGGUAUGUUAUGAACAAACACACACAUAUACUUUUAAAUAUUCUGACUGCAUUGCAGCAUUGAUGAUUAUGCCCCCGAUUCCAUUACGGACAAUUGUAAGUCAGUGGCACUCAAAAGGAUGAGGUUGCUCUUACAGAUCUGCACGUUGCAGGAAGUUUGCCUAAUAGAGUGGCUGCAAUCUUUCUUGCAAGUGUGAAUUGUGUCACUCUAGCAUGCUUGAAGCCAUGGCUCAUUGGUAGAAUACAUGUUAUGCAUGCAGACACUACCUGAAAUCUUGGAAGGCUGCUGCCAGUCAGUUUAUUUAAUGCUGAACUAGAUGGACCCAAUGGUCUUAUCUCGAUAUAAGGCCGAGACCUAUGUCUCUGGUGUCGUGUGUGCUUUUCCCUCUAAACUGCUGUUUUCUAAACUGCAGAGUAAACAGCAGAGCAGCACUGGGGAGGCAAGGAAUGGCCAGCCCUACCAGCCCUCAUGCCCUAAACUUCUCUUGCCUGUCGGUCUGUACUGUACAUCAUCCGCCCAAUUUUUUAAAAUACCAUCCGCUGCAGACUUCAUCUUUCCUUGCUCAAGUGGUGUAGUUUACCCAGGAGAUUUAGGUUCAAGUGCAAGCUCAGUCUGUGCCGGGAGUGAUGGAUUUAAAAUGGAUGCAUUAUCUCAAAAUCCUUUCAGACUCGAAGGACCAUAUCUUAUCAAUUUACAGGUUAUCUUAAAGCUAUAUCUCUCACAGUGCACAUUAAGGCACUUUGUAGUCUUGCAGGGCAAAAAGCUGAUCAAAAUCUCGUUUUGAUUUCACAGGGUAAUCAUUACUGUUCCAAAUUCUGGAUUUUCAAAUCCCAAUUUAGGCAUUAUGUUUUUAAAGCAUUGUGCUUUGCUUUUUCAUAUGCAAAGUCUUCCUAUCUUAGGUCAUUUUAACAAAGCAGUAUUGCUUUGUAGAAGGGAGGAAAGCAUUUAUUUUUAAAAAUGAGAGUGCUCGAGUUGAUUAUAUUAGGUUCAGUCUAGUGUCAGCAAAUGCACAUUCCAUUCAUUCCUUUUUACGCCAUCAGCCCAAACUGACGGUAUAGUAAAUGAUUCAAGAGCAGAAGAUUAUGUGAAUUCCAAGGAGUGGCUUCAGAAGAACGGCUUGAAAGCGCAGAAGCUGACCAUAACAAAAGCAUUUGGCGAUCUCAGUUUUCGUCAUGCAAAGGGGAUUGUCAACAUAAGAACCAAGCCACAGGAUGAAUCGGUGCAAACUGAUGCUGUAGGUAAUCCACUAGUUUUGGUACAUUUUCUUGACUGCAGUUUUGUCACAUAGGUUUACAGCUGUGCUAGUUUAUGACAGGGAUGAAUCCACACUGUCAGUAUCUCUCCGGAGGGAUUAAAGAGCAUGCCAGAACUUUAGGUUUGGGCUUCCAACAAAGGAAGAUUGGCAACUGAUACUGAUGGAACACGCAGAAAUGGCAUAACUCCCUGGAUGAAUAAGAAAUCAGGGAGAGACUUUAAAAAAAUAGAAUGGGGAAAAUUUAUUGACUAUUUGAAGAUACAAAUAAAAACAAAACAAAUCAAAACAUUAGUGGGACUGAUAUAAACACGUGCAGUAAGAUAUAAUUAAGGGGAAGAUAAGGGGAAAUUAGUAAAUAUAUUUGAAUUAAAUAUGCAGUAAUUAAAAAGAUACGAAAUAAAUAACCGCAGAAAGGGGAGGGAAGUUGAGGGGAAGGUAAAUUAGACUGGUUUGGUCACGCUGACCACAGAGCUUCUGGCGUCCUGCAGCAAGCUCCACAGCUUCCUCUUUCAUCUAAGCAGAAGAGAAUGUUAAAUAUGUCUGCUGUCAUGAGGGAGGCAUGUAGGAAGAGGAAGUGAGUUCAAGUCAGCAUCUUGUCAGGGCGGAUCUACACUAUACAGUUAAAGUGCAUUUAAAACACUUGACUUACCCCCAAAGAAUCCUGGGAACUGUAGUUUUCCACUCACAGAGCUACAGUUCCUUAGCAAACUGCAGUUCCUAGAAUUAUUUGGGGGACUUAAAGCUGCUUUCCCCAGCUGUGACUCCCUCUAUCCUACUCAGUAGCGGAGCUUCAUGCUCCGGCACCGGGGGGCGGAGAGCAGGCAGGGGCGGGGCUGGCGUGCAUCUCAGGGUGGGGGUUGCCGCCUGCAGGGGCGGGGCGCCCAGCGUGGGUGGAGGACAGCCGCGAUGGUACCCUACCAGGAUCGCGGUGCCGGGGGAGGUGUGCUCCCCCCGCACUGCUCUUCCUCCACCAGUGAUCCUACCUCAUGUUGCAAUUAGGCUGGGGAAAAGUCUUCUAUUAGCUACAAUAGUUUCCCCCCACAAGCCCAAGCAGGGGAAGGGGGGACGCUGUUUUGGUUGGACAGGGAGGCCUAAGAGAGCUUGAGAGUGUGUGUGUUUGCCAUGUCUUCAUAAAAAUGCAGCCUUAAAAUGUUCCAACCAAUGCUUUGUGUAGAUCAUGUCUCCACUUUCUCCCCCGAACGUCUUGCUCAUAUAGGAGUCUAACAAGAAGUUAAUUGAUGCAAAAUACUGCGACAAGUUUUUGCAUACAGACUUGGAAGAUGGGCCCACGCUGCAUAUGCAUUUGACUGGGGAAAGGUGCAAACAGUAUGAAGAUAAAAUGAAGACUGUUCUCGAUCAAAUGGAACUAAGGUUCAGUUGCUUUCUAAUGUAAUAUUUUCAAAAGCAGCGUCCCAUAAUGGGAAAGCUAUCCAAUGCAUAACUCAUGUCUGCUUUAAAAAUGAUUGUGCGAUAUUUGGGCUCUUAAAACUUUCACCAGGCCUUAAAAAAAAAACAACCUUUGGAUUAGCAUAUAAAAAAAAAGUCACACAAAUAUUAGUUGAUAAAGCAUUUAGAGUGACCUUAUUGAGAGAUAUAUUACAGAACUUGUUUGUAUCACCAAUUCAAUCUUCUUACAUGACUUCUCAAGUUAUGGUGCAAUUCACCUGUGGGUUUGAGAUCAUACCUGAUCCUAAAUGCAACAUUUUCAUGCCUAACCUGUAACGCUUUGUAUUCUGCAUGACAGGAAUGGGGAACCUGUGAUCCCCUUCUCAGAAGAUGCCCUAUAUUGUUUGUUAAGGAGGCCUCAGCAUAGUUUGUGGGAACAUUGAGGACAGUAGGAGAGGAUAUAUUGAUUAAUGUUAUCCUUCCUCACUCACGCUAGUGAGCUUGUAGCGGAACAUAUUCCCAUGUACAGUAGUACCUCGGGUUAAGUACUUAAUUCGUUCCGGAGGUCCGUUCUUAACCUGAAACUGUUCUUAACCUGAAGCACCACGUUAGCUAAUGGGCCUCCUGCUGCUGCCGUGCCGCCGGAGCACAAUUUCUGUUCUCAUCCUGAAGCAAAGUUCUUAACCUGAGGUACUGUUUCUGGGUUAGCGGAGUCUGUAACCUGAAGCGUAUGUAACCUGAGGUACCACUGUACAUAGCAGGAAGCUAGUUGAUUGGAUUCGUGAGAAUCAUUUGAGUUAAGCAAUCUGGUCUGGCUUGUCCAGAUUGGCUUUGUUCCUGGUUAAUCCCCUUUUGUUCCCUCUUAAAACAAUAAUGACACAGUAAAAUCUUCUUUUAAAGUAGUGAUAAGGUUUACUCACAUUCAGUCCACAGUGUGAUCCUGAAGGCAGGCUUUAGCUUGUAGUUACAGAUACAUAGAAAAGUGUGGGUUCAUCCUCUUGUGAGGAAUGAGCCCAUGUGCUGCUGGCUGAGAGCCAGCACACAGCAAAAGCAUCAAGAUAAUACAAGAGGACGAGUAUCAAUAGAAAAGGGGAAGAUGGCUGCAUGACCAGCUCUUUUAUGGGGUCUCCCAGGGUCACGCCCAUUUACCUGGUCACACACAGGGGGCGGAUGCUCAAGACCAUGGUUGACAGGAAGUCCUCCUGGAUGGAGCAACAUUCCCCUGUGUGUCCACUCUGGGCAAACAGGAAAUGUUUUAUUUGACUGCUUUUGUGAUGUUACAUCCCACAUAGUUCUCUGAAUUAUAGCCUUUCCUGGUUUGAUGUUCUCCAGAUGUUUUGGUCUACAACUCCCAUCUUCACUGAGAAUUGGCCAUGCUGCAUGGAGCAGAUGGGAGUUGGGAGUCCUACAAUAUCUGGAUGGUCAUAGGUUCCGUACCCUUGCUCUGUAUUCUCCAGUAAAGUGGUUGGUUAAGUGUUGUAUUGAAACACGCAGCCCACACAUUGAUGUAGGUGUAUUAAUGUGAGAGUUCAGUUUAAAGGGCCAUGGGUGGGAAAAGGUUAAGCUAAGGAACAGGAGGUAAUGAAUCUAACUUGGUAAACAGCCUUCUCUGACACUAUGGCUUCUCUAGGUUGCCAUGUCAACCAUUCAGGUAUUUAUUUUUAUGCAGUACAUUUUGAGAUGAAGGGGAAAUGGUAAUGAGUACAUUAUCAGGAAUUUGUGAAGCAACAUGAUAAUUAUAUAGUAAACAAUAAUACAUUUAUACUGUAAUUGAAUAAAGUUUUUUUAAAAACAUUGAUGUUGACGAUGUUACCAUUAAUAAUAUACUUCAAGGGCCUCAAAGCAGAAGACAUAGUCCCCCAACCUCAUUUUACCCUUGCAAUUUGCGAUAGGUCAAGUGGAGAGGUGGUCAUUGGCCUAAUGUCCUCUGGUGAACUUCGUGGCCUACAAAGACCUUGUCUUCUCAGUCCUAGUCCAACACUCAAACUACCACACCAUACUGAUACCCCUUAAAAUGCGGAGGAGUUCUAGACUCCAGAUCCCAUUCUUGUAUGGUUUUAAGCUUUAAUAGGUUUUCACGUUUAAAGGGUAUUGUAUAUAUAAUGACUUUAGUUUUCUUUAAAAAUAAUAUUUGACUGGGUUUUUCUAUUUGAUCUCUAUUAUCAGAUAAGUUUUUACAAGCAUAGGAGAGUUAAGGAAAGACAAAGGAGCAUUUUACACAGUUUAGUCUGUGCCUCUCAUUAAACAUUGAGUGUGUUUUCCUGUAGACUUCAGGAGCUGAAAAAAGGGAGCAGAGCACUCUUUGGAGACGUAACUGAAGAUAACAUCUAUUUUCUGAUUGAUACAUCCCACUCUAUGAAAGACAAACUGCCCGUGGUGAAGCAGAAAAUAUUUCAGCUCAUGCGGGUGAGUGACAGCUAUGUUCCCCAAGGCAAGGAUUGUAAAACAAAAUGCGUGCAAAGACAUAUUCUAUAUUUCUGCAGUCAUGCAGAGGGAUAGCGAAAGCUGUACCAAGUCAGAUGAUUGAUUAGUCCACCUAACUGGUCUACUCCCAGUGCUUCAGACAGGAUUCUUUCCAAUCCUGCCUAGAGAUGCAAGGACAAAACUUGGGACCUUAUCGAGUGCAAACUAUGUGCUCUGCCAAUAGGAGAGUGGAAAUGGGAGUGGAAAUUGCUGAUGUUUGUUUAUACAGUGGUAUCUUGGUUCUCAAAUUUUUUUUUUAAAAAAAUAAUUUUUAUUAAAUUUUCCAUUUGAACAAUCCAAUCAAAUCACAUUAAAUAUUCCAAAUUAUACAAAUACAUAUCAUAUAGUCCAAAUAUUCCGUCAAAUUAUAAAUUUUUAUUGGAACUUCCCAUUCUUCAAGUUCGGUGCGGCUCUGAUCAUCUUAUAUCUCUACUGCCUUGAGUUUCCAGUAGUUCCUUUAAAUCUUCCUGUUGUUCUCCUUAGUUCUCAAACUUAAUCCGAUCCGGAAGUCCGUUCCAAAACCAAAGCGUGCUUUCCCAUAGAAGGUAAUGCAAAACAGAUUAAUCCAUUCCAGACUUUUAAAAACAACCCCUAAAACAGCAAUUUAACAUGAAUUUUACUAUCUAAUGAGACUGUUGAUCCAUAAAAUGAAAGCAAUUAUAAUGUACUGUACUAAAAAAUAAAUAAGACAGUAUUGUGGAUGAUAAAAAUUAAAAUUACUUUUUUCCCUUACCUGCACUGAUGAUAGUCACUGUUUGGAUGGGGGUCUUUUAUCCAUUUACACAGUCACACAAUCAGUCAAUCAAUCAGUAGCUGAACUGGGUUCCACACAGUCACAAAAACAAAUUAACCAAAAAAGCCUCAAAAGCAAAAAUGCAAAAUAAAUAGCAAAAACAAAAGUGCCAAAUCCAGUCGUACCAUGGUUCUUGAACUAAAUCUGUUCUGGAAGUCCAUUUGACUUUUGAAAUGUUCGAAAACCAAGGCAUGGCUUCUGAUUGGUGCAGGCACCCUGGAAACAAUAGCCAAUAGUCACAUUGGACAUUCGGCUUCCGAAAAAUGUUCGAAAACCGGAACACUUACUUCCGGGUUUUUGGGCGUUUGAGAACCAAGGUACCACUGAACAUCCCUAUGUCCAGAAUGAAAAUCAAUUUGAUCCACAAUAUGAUCCACAUUUGCUGCCUUUGCUUUUGGUUCAUGAAUGAUAUUUCACUGAUUAUGUGUGUCCCCCCCAUUUGCUUUGUGUUUCCUUUGCAUUGAAAUGAAUGGGGUUGGAAUAACAUAGUGACAAUGGCAUUUACAUAAUUCAUUAUGUAAGUUAUGUAAUUUCACCACAUCAGAUAGUGAGAAUAAUAAAGCUGUCUUUGGUAGAAGGCAAACAGCAGCAGAAAUGGAAACAGUGCAUUCGAUGAUUACAGAGCGGAAUGGGAAACGAUGCCUAACAUCCCUAACUACCACUCAGUGACAAUCUUUUCCCUCUAAUGAAAACAUAGAUACUGUAUUUUUCGCUCUAUAAGACGCACUUUUCCCCUCCUAAAAUGUAAGGGGAAAUGUGUGUGCGUCUUAUGGAGCGAAUGCAGGCUGUGCAGCUUUCGCUGAAGCCAGGAGAGCAAGAGGGAUCGGUGUGCACCGAUCCUUUCUCUCCUGGCUUCAGGGACAGCCGCCCAAAGCCUCCUGAGGGCAGCGGGAGUGCUCCCGCUGUGCUCAGGAGGCUUCGCAUUGCUUUCGCUGAAGCCAGGAGAACCAGAGGGAUCGAUCCCUCUGGCUCUCCUGGCUUCGUUUCGCUGGAGAGGCGCUGUACAGCUUUCCCUCUCUGCGCAGUGCCCCUUCAGCGAAGCCGGAGGAGAAAUGGCAGGGGCUCCGUUUCUCCUGCCGCUUUGCUGAAGGGGCUCUGCACAGAGAGGGAGAGAACAUUUCCCCCCCGUUCUCCUCUAAAACUAGGUGCGUCUUGUGGUCGGGGUAUGUCUUAUAGAGCGAAAGAUACGGUACUUCCUCCAGUUUGAGGUGUGUGGGUAGAUUCAGUACGUCCAAAACGCUGUGAGGUAGAAUUACAAUCUUCAGAAAUAAAUAAUUGUUAUCACUUCUAGAAGAAUGAAAUGUACUCCUGAAGUCAUUUGCUUUUCAAAUACAGCAAAAAGUGUGACAUUUCUGGUAUGAAGGAGAAUUCAACGGAGCAUUUCUUACAGGAACAACUGAGAGACAAAACCAAAGUUAACUUUGUUAGAUUUGACACUGAGGCAGUGGCUUGGAAGGAGAAACUUGCUAGAGUUAAUGAAGAAAGUUUGGAAGAAGCUCUACUAUGGGUAAACGAUCUGGAGGUAAAUAUAGGAACAAAAAGCACAUUAAAAAAAUGUGAGUAACCCAAGUUUUUGCUGUGCACCUCAAUUAAUUUUUGGUUACUAUAAAGCUGGCUUGAAAGGCACAAUUUUAUUUGUAAGAGUAACACCUUCUCCCACUGCCCUUCUGCAUUUAAGACAUUCUUGGUUCAGCCAACACAUUCCUGAUCUAACAAGCUAUGGGAAUGUGCUGCAUGUGCCUGUGUGCUCUUCUCUAUGUUCCCUCGUGUGCACAGCUUAAAUAUAAGAGUCCCUGAAUUGUUCUUAAGCACAUUUUAAACCCGCAAUUUCUCCAAAGAAGUCAUGAUUGUAUACCUCUUCCAUUUUAUGCUCUUAGCAGCUAGGGCAACCUCCAGUUUAUUCACAGCAAUACUGUAAAGUUGAUUAGACUGAAAUAUAGUGAUUGUACAAGGUCACCUUCAUAGCUGAAUGAGGAUUUGAAUCUAAGGUCUAAGCACCAUAUAGGUUGCCAUAUGAUUCUAUUCUGCUUUUAAUCUAAUUUAAGAUGUAUUUUAAUCGAUUGUUUGACUUAAUGUUUUAGUGUAUUAUAUAUUUUGAUGUUAGCCGCCCUGAGCCCGGCCUCGCUGGAGAGGGCGGGAUAUAAAUAUUAUUAUUAUUAUUAUUAUUAUUAUUAUUAUUAUUAUUAUUAUUAUUAUUGCUCCCCUUUCCUCCUCAUGCUCCUGACAAUACAAGACUUCCUAGUUUGUCACGCCACAGUCCACUGAACUUUGAGUGCUCCCUACAAACCAGAAUUUGAUUCUGGUUUGUAGGAGCACUCAACCCACAGUUUCUGGUUUGAACGACACAGCUAACUGUAGUUUUGACAAACCAGGAAGUCUUGUAUUAAGCCCAAUCAGAAAAUGGGAGGGGCAAGAAGAGAGCACUUAGGUGUAUGGCACAUUCCUGAUUGAACAAAACCAUGAUUUGUUGGACCAGGGAUGUGAUGUCUGAAGUGGGCCAUUGGCUCUCAAAAGAGCAUUUAGCAUCAGGGUGAAAGCGCCUUUGGUUGUAUCACUGUAUUCGAAGCACAGAAAUCUGUCUUGGGAAGAGUUCCUGCAGAAAGAUUUCAUACUUUCAUCAUAAAAGUAUGCUACUGGAAGGAAUCUAUUUUGAUUGUUGCCCACCAGGUGAUUUAGACUACUUCCGGGACUGAAUUAAGUCUUUCCUUUGGACAAAUUGUAAGGUUCCUCUCACCAGCAAACCUGACAAAGAGAUGUGACAAUCCAUUUCACAAGUUUAGCACUGUUAAUGUUUCCAUUUCCUCCUGAUGUUUUUCCCCCUCUGUUGACUGCUUAGAUUGGAAGUUCUACAAAUACCCUGAAAGCACUUCAGAUUGCCUAUUCUGAUAGUGACACUCAAGCCAUUUAUCUUCUCACUGAUGGGAGACCUGACCAGGUAUCUAUGGAAGAAGCAAGACAUGUCAGGGCAGUAUGAUGAUGUAACACUGGCUAUAUGACAAAGCAGAGCAUUGAUGUAGAGCAGGGCUGGCCAAACUGAGACUAGUCUGAGUCAGUUCAAGGAAGAUACAUAUCUUUGUGUCCUCACCAUCUUUUGUUCCAGACAGACAUUGGGACCAUGAGAGUCUGGGAAGAGGACAUGGUGAAGGACGCAUGAUAACAGAGGAAACAUGAUCUUCCAGCACCCAGAGUAGGAGGGUCCAAAAGCUGAGGUCUUUGGGUAGAUGAGAAAGGAGGUUCUUGAGAAAACUGGGGCAAGCAGCUGGAGGGGGGUUGUAGGGAGAGAAAAACAGUUGUAGGUACUGGGUUGAGAAAGCAGCAUUGAUGAGGGUCUUGGAAGACAGUUGGAAUGGGAGAAACAAUGACAUAUAUGAGUGGAGGGUUGAUGUGGGAGAAAUGGCUUAAGGAGCUUAGGGAGGACCAGCUGGUGGGAGUGGAGCCGCAGUCGUGGGGGGAAGGUAUUGGUUAUGGGAAAGCGUAGCUUUAUCAAGCACAGCAAACAUUAAGGAGAUAGUGUGGUGGCAGGAGCUGCAGUCUCAGGCUGGAACUAGAUGUUGCAUGUCCUGGAGAUAGAGGGACACUUUUUUUACCUGGGAAGCUCUCAUACCUGGUUUGGGAAACUAGCUUGGCAUACUGCACAAUCAAUGCUGGUUCUGCCAGCCUUGUGGACCCCACAGGAGCAAGAUCAACCUGAAGAUUCCUUCAGUGUUUGGAUUGUUGGAUGAAGGUGCUGAAAUAGCAAAUUAGAGCCUUCUGAAUGAGAACUUUGAUCCCCAGGAUGCCACGCUCAGCCAGUGGAAUUCAGCUUCCUUUGGUUUUGAUGAUUGCCUGUAGUUCAAAGCACUGUCUGUUAUGGUAUAAAUCAUGGAAGGCAUUAAUGCUUCUAUCUCUUCCUCAAUAAGAUAUAAUCUGAAGCCAGUUGAUUUGUUAUGCAGUGUGUAUUGGUUAAUAUCUCUGUGUCAAUACAUUUAAUUUCUCUCUCUCUCUUUCUUUUAGCCCCCCGAUAGAAUUCUAGACCAGCUCCAGCUUCACCGGAACAUUCCAAUUCACACUAUUUCCUUUAACUGUGAUGAUACCGGAGCGAAUAAAUUUUUAAAUGAAUUGGCCAGUGAGACAGGUGGACGGUUUCAUUACUAUCAUAUUAUUUUGAGAGACCCUGAUGCUCCAAAACCUUCUGAGGCAAGUCUUUAGUAAAAGUUAAGAUGAAGACUUUUAGGUGUUUCUUUUUCAUACCAAGGAGGCUGUAUAAUAACUUUUGAUGAAAUUGGUUAAUGCACAAAGUUCUUAAUAGGGUCUGCAUAAAACUGAAAGUUCAAAAGCAUUUUUGAGAAGCAAAAUGGAUAUACCAGAACUAAGGCCUCAUCAGGAGGAUCAGCUGACAGCUUAUCUCUGCCAAAUCUUAGCCUUUGUGGGAGAGUCCCCUGAGUCCUAAUUUUCAAGGGCACUUGUGAAUACUGGUGUUUGGUGCCAGAUGUUGAGGGACCCUAGAGUAAGAUGUGUGAAUGUCAGGGGGCUGUCAGGCGAGCCCAGGUCAUCCAUGGGGCAGGAAAGAACUUGAGACACGAAAUGCAAUUAGCUAUUAUUCACAUAAAGUAACAACACAGCAGGGACGCGGGUGGCGCUGUGGGUUAAACCACUGAGCCUAGGGCUUGCCGAUCAGAAGGUUGGCGGUUUGAAUCCCCGCGACUGGGUGAGCUCCCAUUGCUCAGUCCCUGCUUCUGCCAACCUAGCAGUUUGAAAGCACGUCAAAGUGCAAGUAGAUAAAUAGGUACCACUCCGGUGGGAAGAUAAACGGCGUUUCCGUGUGCUGCUCUGGUUUGCCAGAAGCGGCUUAGUCAUGCUGGCCACAUGACCCGGAAGCUGUACGCCGGCUCCCUCGGCCAAUAAAGCAAGAUGAGCGCCGCAACCCCAGAGUCGGCCACGACUGGACCUAAUGGUCAGGGGUCCCUUUACCUUUAACAACACAGCAGAGUUCCUUUGGCUCCUCUCAUUUAGUUUGAGAUGUUGCUGAAACUGACCACUGGCACCGCCUUUCCCCUCUAGCCUCUCACUCUGGAUCCCUCCCAGGCAGAUGGAGACUGAGGCAACGGGGUGGACUCCUUCUCUAGGCCUGUCCGGCCCAUUGCUCAGCAACAUGCAGGACUCUCCGUGAGCGGGGUGGGGGUGGAGGGGGAGCCAGCAGGACUGGGACUGUCCUGCUGCUGGGUAGCAGGGGUAACCUCUGACUCCUCUUUGUCUAUGUGCUCACACUGCGAUCCCCAGCCUCCUGUCCUGAAGGGCCUCUUUCUCCUGAUCCUCCUUGAUUUCUCAUACCUCCUGCUUCUAGCACCUCCCAGCUCGUUCCUACCUCUGUCUGCUCCCCAGUGUCCCACCACCACAAUCCUGGGUCUAAGCCUGUUUCUUCCAUGUCCUCCCUGGAGGGUUCUUCGGUGGGCAGUGCCCACCACUCUUCCUCAUCCAGCCAGUCCCUGUUAGUGAGCCGCUGUCCCUCAGUGUGCCCAUCUCUUUGCCAUGAUCACCACUAGCGAUCUCCUUUUGGGCCCAGUCUGCACACCCCUUACCCAGGAGGAGAGAUCAAAGCAAGUGGAGGCCUCUGCUGCCUUUCUCAUUGUUCUUGUCAUUGCUUGAAGGAAGCAGAUGAACAGGAAGCAACAGCAAGGAGGAUGAGUGCCCAAGAGUUUUGGGGUUAAGACUUGGCAGAUGUGUCUCUGUUGCUUACUGGGAGGCGGAGAGCUGGGGUGGCGGGAAGGUCAGCGCAGUGCAAAAGCACUGGCAGAACCAAUAUGGAUUCUUACCCCUCUCCUUUCUGGUAAGCACUUGCUGGGUCUCCUACCUGAUGAGCUGUUAGCAGUGAUCACUUUGCUGGGGUGUGGGCUUUGGCAGGUGUCUGAUGAUGCUCAUCUUUGCUGUUAACUCUGUGUAAUAUCCUGUGCAGAUGUACUGAAUGAAAGGAGAAGUAGCCUUGUCACUGGAAGGAUAAAUAGCCUGGCUGAAGGGCGUGUGCAUGUGUUGAUUUUAAUAAGCUCUAGUACAUCUACAAAGAACAAACUUGUAUAUAUGCUAAAAUUGGCUGCUGUCUAAGUCGGGUGUGUGUGUGUGUGUCUUUUCUUACAUUCACUUUGGCAGUGAGCACAGCUUAAACUCUCAAGGCAAGUCUUAUUUUUUUGCUGUAGGGGCUGUGAAACAGGGAUGUGGAUUUCCACACUUUGUUUUAUGGCUAUUUCCAUUUCAUACCCCUCCACGCUGGUAAGAGGAGGAAGGUUGCUGGAAUGACAGGUUUAUGUUUUUACGUCACCUUUAGGAAGUGCAUUAGUCAUGAAAUGGGAAAAAAAAUAAGAAAUGGAUGUGUUAUCAGAGUGUGGGGGAUUAUAUAUCAGAAAGAUGAAUGACAAAUAAUUCAAUAAUAAUUCUUAGGGUGCAGUAAUGGGAUUCUAGAUUUGCAGCAGAAUGUAUCUCCAUGAUCAUCCAUCAUAGUUACGUUAUUACAUCAGUAGCUAUAGUAAAGGAUGAAGCUGAAUUAACUUUCAAGCAUGAGGUUUUUUUCCUGCAGGAUAUAUAUUUGUAUGUAUAAUCUUAACUGGAUUAGAAAAUUGGCUGGUUUUCCACCUCUACCCUUAACCAGAGGAAGUAGCCUUUCCCUUAGUGUCUCAUUCUCUGGUUGUAUCCUGGCUAGACUACCAUAAUGCAUUAUGUGGGGGCUGCCUUUUAAAAAUGGUUCAGAAACUCCAGUUAGUACAGAAUGCAGAGGCAAGAAUGGUUUGUAGGAGACCAACAAUCAAAGCAUAUUACACCUGUUCUGCACGGCUUACAGCGGCUGCCUAUUUGUUUCUGGCGCAGUUUAUAAAUUGCUGGCUUUGUCCUUUAACCCCUCAGUGGUUUUGAACCAUGUUACUUAAAGGACUGCCUUAUGAAGUGGUCUGAAUUCUGCUCUCUUACCUGCCAUUAAGAGAGACUAGGCUGAGUGAUUCAGAGAUGGGGCCUUUUCUGUACUGGCCCCGUAUCAAUUAAAGAUUGCCCAUGAAGUGCCUGUAACUUUCCUCCCCCAUGACUGCUAAAAGGACCCUCAAUAUGUUUUUAUUUUCAUCUGUGUUUCAUUAUUCUUAUCAAUUAAUGUGCCUUUCUGUGGUUUUAGUGUUAAUUUUAAAGAGGUUUAUUUGUAGGCUUAAACUGCUAUUUUAAAUUACUGUUUCAUAUGUUUUAUCAUGGGUUUUGCAAACCACCUUGUCCUGAAAGAUGGGAUAUGGCUCUUUUAAUAAAUAAAACUUUGCCCCCCUCUUGGUAUUAUUGUGUAGGUUUGGUAUCUGGUUUAGAACUGGUUCGUAAUUAAUUUCAGUCACCGUUUCCUCAUUUUUGGCAGUGUGAGGAUAUAUAUCUACUAAAGAAAGAGAUUGAAAGAGGAGAAAAAGAACUGAAGACAAUACAUACCUUUUACACUGACAGCGUAUUGAUGGAUUUGUUUAAUGGAGCAAAAGACCGUCAGGAUAAGUAUGUUUAUAUUGGGAGGGAACGGGAAAAUAAAGUGCUCAUUUUCACAACACUGAGGUGGGGAUGGGGAACCUGUGACCCUCCAAAUAUUCUUGGACUCUAGCUCCCAUCAGCCGCAGCCUGCCUGGCCAGCAUUCAGGGACAAUGGGAAUUGUUGUCUAACAAUAUCUGGAGGGCCACCAUUUCCUCAUCGUUACAUUAAGAAAUCCAUUUCAGUAGGUAAUAUAAUGUGUUCCCCUCUAUAUGUUGGUAAAUUUCACUCCUCUCAUCGCAAGGAUGAUUCUCUGCCAAAGGAUUAACCCAAAAGCUGCUGCUCCUUUUGUGUCUGUGAGCCACCACAGCUGUGCUAAAUGUGGCUUCAGUGGUGGUACGCAAAUGCCUGAUCUUGUUGAACCAAUCAGGGAGGUCCAUGUUGCCACAAGUGGAGAACCCAAGGCCAAAGAAUAAAAGAGACUACUACAAAUGGGAUGAUCCCCUACAUCACCCUUUACUUUGUCGUGGAGAAGUGUUUCAUCCACAUAGAAAAGCUGGUGGUUGUUGUUGUUUUGAACACCAGUAAGGUUGCAUGCGGAUUGCUCCAAGACUGAUUGCACAUGGAGAAACAGAUUUUGGAAAGAAUGCUCUCAGGAGCUCAUAGCAGAGUCAGGUUCCUUGGAUUCCAAAUGGAAAUAUGUGUGGUUGCUGAUCUUAUGCUUUCUCUUAAGCUUUUCUUUAGGUGCUGCUUGGUUGUCCAAGACCUAGAAUUCUAUGCCAGUUUUUGAGCAUCAAGUGCUGGUUCAUAUGAGGCACACCAAGAUGCAGAAACACGGUGUGGUAUGCAAUGCUAGUCCUACUCAGAGUAAGCCUUUUGAAGUUAAGAGACACGACUAACAGAUUCAUUGAUUUCAACAGGUAUACUCUGACUAGGACCUGGUUCAGAGUUCCCCAAAGUUGGGUCUCCAGCUGUCUUUGGACUACAGUUCCCAUCAUCCCUGACAACUGGUCCUCCUAGCUAAGGAUGAUGGGAGUUGUAGUCCAAAAACAGCUGGAGGCCCAAGUUUGGGGAAACCCUGACCUAGUUGAAUACAAUAUGUGUGUUUAUUUCAGGCUUCUCACUUCUCAAAGCGGUUUCUCCCAAAUAUGUGGGUGUGUGUAUGUGUGUGCUUGCUUCGGCGCAGGUAGUGACUUGCCUGUUUCUUAAACAGACAUCGCAGGCAGCCUUUUGCUGCAUCCGCAGCAACCACACACGGUGAGGGACUGAAUCCCCCAUCUCCAGAUUGGCCAUAUUGGGCCUCUGAAGAGCCUGCAACGGCUUCGCCAGAACCUGGUACGGAUGGACGUCAGGGUCGCUCUGAAAGUCCAACCAGAAGGAAGAAAGCCUUAUACGCAGGUAAAACAGAUUGUGGAGAUUCCUCAGUGAAACAUGUCCCGUCUCUGACAACUUGAAUAUGAAACCUCUUCUUCCACAUGGUUUAACACCAGAUGUGUGCUAGGUGCUGCACAGACCAUGGAAAUGCAGUUCUCUCAAAACUUCAUUCGAAUGACGACUAGCAUGGAGAAAGUUCCAACUGAAGUCUAAAAUGGAUCUCUUUGUGUGUGUGUGUGUGUGUGUGUGCGCGUGUGUGUGUGUGCGCGCGCAUGCGCGCGCCAGAACUUUCUCUUAUUAUUUGUUUUCCAGUUUGCCUCAUUAUUGUGGUCCCUUCACUAAAAAUAAAAUAAUUGUGUUUUUAAAAUGACACUAAAAUAUAUAUAUUCAGGUGGUUUGCUGUUUUCUGUAUCAGAUUGCAGUGGGAAAUCUGCAGAUUUGUGAACAGCUAUGAGGAUAUAGCGGUGCCAGUGCUAUUUUUCUGGAAAAAGAGGUGCCAGAACUCACCAUGAACACCCCUCUCAUUCUCUUAGAAUAGCAAUGGCGCCUACCUGAGAGGUGACGAAACUGGGUUCUGUCGAGUUUCGGCUGGGAAAAAAAAUCCUGAACAGUGGGAUCUGUCCCCAUUGAUCCUUCCAAUGAUUCUUUUGCCAACCCUCCCUUUAUUAACCUGCUGUGGGGCAAAAAGAGAAUCCUGCUUCUAGUUGCUUCUAGUUGCAUGUACUGUGUUGCAUGUCCUGUUGGUUUGAAGGGGAAAGGAAUUCCCUUCGGCCCGCGAAGAGCUGACCUCAGUUCUCCAGUGUAGAAAGGGGUUCUGUGGAUGUCAAUGGGAUGAGAGUCUGGCAAGUUCCCUGUAAGUUUGUGGCAUGGAGACAUGAAAAUCUGAAGGUACAAUGCAAUUUUAUAAUGCUCAACAGCAUCCUGAUUUCUGAUUAUCUGAAACAUCUAAAACUGGACAAAAUCAGGGUUUUGAAUGAAUUAGCAGUGCUAUUCCUUACGAUUCGCAAGGAAACACAGUGUCUUUUCUUAAGUGGGAAAUUCAUGUAAUUUUUUGGGAUAGCACCAUGAAUGGAGUCUUCCUGAACAGCACAAUCCUAUUCAUGUAUACUGUACUCACUAGUGAGUUUCCUUAAGUAUUGUGGGACUUACUCUCAGGUAAGUUAACGUACGAUUGCACUCUAUAUCUGAACCUUUCGCAUUUUGAACACAUCAUUAAAAAACAGAAACUCUGGGAGAAAAACUCCUUUGACCUGUUACCUUUUUGAAAAUGGCUGUAUGGCCCUGUUCCCAAACAGCUGGAUUUGCUGCCUUAUCUUGGCAUGCAAAAUCAAAAUGUCAAAAUUCCAGCAUAUAUAUUUUAAACUCUGCCCAGAAGCAGCUAUAGCUUCAACUGAGUCACAUAGUGAAUUGAAAAGUGUAGAGAAUUAAUUAUGGAGGCUGUGCAUUUUGUCUGUGGGGAGGUUUCCAGGGCAGUUCUUGCCUAAAGGGCUGGAGGCACUAAAAAGUUCUUUUGCCUUUCAGAAUCUGAACAGACUUCUGGUUUGUUAUUAAGUUGCUUGUGUGUGUUUGUGAACAUCUUUCUGCAGAACAAACAAGGAGCAGCAUGCUUAGGACGCAACGCUAUGCAGGAAAGCCUUCUGAACAAAGUCCAAAUGAAAGAGGAUCUCCCGAAAGAAAAAGUAAGCUGUGGCCCUUUUUAUUAAUGCUUAGGCCUCCAUUUGUUUCCGCACGCCUUAGCCCUGUCCAUGGAAUAUCCAGUUAACUGAAUAUUGAACUGCACUCUGUGCUCCUGAGAGAACGAAACCCUCUCCUCCAUCACCUACUGGGUCCUGAGGCCACUGCGGUUAUGCAGGGGGGAAGCUGUACAGAAGCCAAGUUUGAUUCCUCUGAGCCAGCGGUGGAGAACGUUUAUGGCCUGCUGGGCCAGAUCUUUAUCUCCACUCCUGCCCCCUGUAGACCAACUUGGACAGGUUGGUGGGAUCGCCCCCUGUCAAAUCAUCCAAUAUCCCAUGAAAACCACCCUUAUGGGGGAAAGCUCCCUUUGGUGCCCAUGGAAGCUUUCUAAGAGCAGGUGGGUAAGACGUCAUUUUAAUUGCCUCUGGAGGAGGGAAGGAUUAAAGCUUAAAUAUUGAACCUUCUCUCUCAGUGUACAGUGGUUUUUUUUUGUUAAAAUAGGGUCUUCCUGUGCUCAGUAUUAACUUCUGUUUUCGUUUAAAGCUAGCAGUGCUGCUGCCUGCUGUGCGUUUAAUGUAAUGUUAAAUGCAGUGGCGGGCGUGCUUUCAUGCUGGGACUAGAAUGUUGUUAGGUGUCUCUUUGGUGUGUGCUCCUGAUCUGUGUUUGGCUGCCCCUCCCUGGUGAGCCAAUCAUGGCUGCAGAGAGAAGGCUGCAAGUGUCGUGCCACACUCCCAAAUUCCAGAAUAGCCUAACCCAUUCCAUCAGCUCACUGGGCCCUGGGCCUGUCACCUGGGCAGAGCAGCCAGGUGGAGUGGCUGUCUCAAGAGCCUUCCAACUGUCUGGCUUUCCCAUCUAUUCUUUGGUCUGCCUGUGCCUCACCCUUGCCCUUCUAACUUUGGUCUCGGUUCGUUUGGGACUUAGGCCCCCUUUGCACUGUACAUUUAAGGCAGCGUCAUGCCACUUUAAACUGUAGCUCCGUGAGGGACAUAGGGGGUCUUCUAAUGACUCUCAGCACCCUUGACCAACUACAGUUCCCAGGAUCCUUUGGGGGAAGCCAUGACUAUUUAAAGUGGUAUGAUACUCCGUUAAAUGUGUAGUGCAGACGGGACUUUAUACUCUAGGCAACCCUGUGCUCCUGACUGUUCGUUCCCCAGUACUGGCACAUGUGAAAUGACACAAUAAUCUUGUUUUUAAGUGCCCGCUGCAGAGAAGACACAAGAUAAAAAGAUAGAUAAAGAGUAAGUAGAUUUGAUGAACUUGAUUUUGGAGGGGGGAGGGGUAUUUUUGAAUGGGUUUCAAUGUCUCAUUUAUUUUCUCCUUCUGUCUUUUAAAAAGCCCUUUAGAUAUCCCUUCUGCUAAGUGGCUGAAGACUCAUGGUUUGGUUGCUAGGCGACUCACCAUAAUGGAUGCUUUGGCCCCAACAGCUGUUCCUCGCACAACCAAAUACAUUCCGAUUCUAGACAAACAUGUUGUUUCAAGAGUAUUUGAUGAUGUAAGUCUCUUAGUUGUUUCUGGGGAAACUCCACAUCAACAGAGUGACUCUGAAUCAAGCAAGGAUUCAGGUUGUGUUGAGUAUGUUCCCAUUUUGAUAUCUGGGACUGUUGACGGGGAUAAGAGAGCGUCCAGAAAUAUUUCACUGUAAACCCUUUAAUUGCAAGGACAGUCUCCUUUCCUUCACAAUCCUAUAUUUCUUGCCAUCCUUACCUCUUUUGUGCUGUUCCUCCUUUCUGGAUCAAGUCACAUGUGUGAUCCCAGCCAAUUGAGGAUCAUCUAGUCAAUUGCAUGAUGUCAAGAUGCUAUGCAGCCAAUCAGAUGUGACUGCCUGGGGGCAUAUGAAGUCAGUUAGGAGAGAAGACAAACUUUUUAAGGCAUUGCUGAUAGUCUUAUUGGGUGCUUUAGCUGGGAUUCCUACAUUGCAGGGGGUUGAGCUAGAUGACGCUUGGGUCCCUUCCAACUAUGAUUCUAUGAUUUGUCUAAUCGUCUUUUAAAGCCAUCCUGAUAACGUGUGAGUUUUCAGUGUAUGUACCUGAAAUAAACAACAGUUUUAGGAAAGGGAUUAGUCUCUGAGAAAAGUUAAUUUCUGCUUUGGAUUAAUGCUGUUUCUGAUGCAGUGCCAAUCUCCCGCAAAGUUUCACGGCCCCAUUUUGAGGGCAAGGGCAUGGGAGUGAAAUGAAUCAAUGCUUCAGCUCGCAUGUCUGACAUCUCUGUGCUGAUGGCCAUCAUUCUCUCCCCCCCUCCCGAAAUUUCAAGGGGCAUAAAUACAGACGGUCAUUUACCCUCUCUAGGUUCAACGUGCUGCCAUCUGCCUUAUUGCAGGGCAGAUUCGAGGGUAAACCAUACGUGGAACGAGUCUGCCCCUGCGGCUUGGUGGAGGUAGAAACUGUCUCUCAUGCCUUGUUACGCUGCUGUUUCUACAGGGAUAUACGCUCGGUAUUUAUUACCCCUGCUAUGCAAAAAUCUCCAAAUGAAUCUGAACUUCAAUGUCUAAAAUCCCUGGUAGAGGACAAGGAUCCUGAGAUCACAUUAAGGGUAGCCAAAUUCUGUGCGUUUGCCAUAAAACUUAGGGAACAAGCUGUGCUAUCCUAAUGAUUAAGGCCUUAAAUAAUAAUUUUAGGUUAUAUGUUAGUGACUAAGUUUUAAUUUAUAUAUUUUUUAACUGUUGCUAUAUCUGUAGUGUCCCUGUUAUAUCUAAUUGCAAAUUCAAAUGAAUCCCUGUUGUGUUUUAUGACUUCCUUGAUAUUGUAUGUGGGCUGGAACUGGUCUGUGACCAAAAUAAUAAAUUCAAGGGGCAUUCUGUGGGGGGAAUGGUUGCCCCCUGGCUACUAGAGAUAAGCUGGGGGGAGCGCUAGUGAGUUUUGCAUCUCCACCAGUGAAGUUCACCUCUGCCCUCACACCCUCACAAUUCUACAGUUUCUCACAAACCUUUUUGUAGUCAACACCCCCCCUCCCCUGUUGUUGUUGUUGUUGUUGUUCACUUUUCCCAGUCCAGGAUUCCUUUAAUUGCAUUUCCUCCCUUUUUUACCAAUAGGUGGCAGUGUACUAACAUCUUGUUUUUCAAAUACUGACUCUGGGUCACAGAUCACUUAGGUUGCAUGUGAAGCCACUGGCACGCCAACAUUUUGCGCUUGGUGAGCCAGCCUGGAAAAGAGACUGAGCUCUGUGGGAUCCCUGAAUUCUUGAGGCUUCAUUGUGGUUUCUAAAGUGCUUUAAAGAACAACCACCUUAGCAGCGCUUAGCUUAUUUCUUCAGUUGCUAUUUAGCUAAAGUUGUUAAUGUUUUAUUGAUUAUAAACGCUGUAUUGAUUUUGCUGUAAUUGUGAUGUUCAGCUUAUUUUUAAGUUCCUUUUUUGUUAUUAGUGUUUUGUAGAUUAUAAUAGUUUUUACUGAUGAUUGGUUAAUUGAUUUGUGCGAUUUAUGCUGCAUUUGUGACGUUCUAUUAGGUUUGUUGUUGUUGUUUAGUCGUUUAGUCGUGUCUGACUCUUCGUGACCCCAUGGACCAGAGCAUGCCAGGCACUCCUGUCUUCCACUGCCUCCCGCAGUUUGGUCAAACUCAUGCUGGUAGCUUCGAGAACACUGUCCAACCAUCUUGUCCUCUGUCGUCCCCUUCUCCUUGUGCCCUCCAUCCUUCCCAACAUCAGGGUCUUUUCCAGGGAGUCUUCUCUCUGUGCAAAUGGUUAAACGGCAGGGACUUAAGUGCCUUCCAUUUGGUUAGCUUUAUUCCUUAUUUGGGCACCACAUUCAUCUAGUGGCGUUCUGCCACUUACAGAAAUCUAGUAGAUAUGGCACAAAGGGAAUGUGGAGGGAAGAGGAAAAAUAAGCACACAGAGACACCGGUUGAGACAUAAUAGUUACAACGAGCUUGUAGAGUGAACUCCUGCUUUAAUUUUGCUGUGGUAUGUUAAUGUGGGGUGGUAAUAAACCCAGCAGUACACAGACGUUAGCCCACUGUUAUUGUAUGAAUCACAGCGACACCUGGCAGCAUUUUGGUAGUAUUUUAGAUUUCCCAUGAGGUCUUCAGUAGAUGGCCUCCUCUGUGUGCCCUCACCAUCUGAAUGUGAGGUGAGUCAAAUGCUGUCCCCAGAGAGAAUCAUAGAGUUGUAGAGUUGGAAGGAAUCCUGAGAAUCACCUAGUCCAACCUUCUGCAGUGCAGGAAUAUGCAGCUGUCCUGUAUGGGGAUCGAACUUCCAGCCUUGGCGUUAUCAGCACCACGCUCUAACCAGCUGAGCUAUCCAGGCUGAGGUCUGCUUGGUGCCUACUUUGUUUUCAUGUCAGCCCUUGCGAAAGGCUUCUUUACUGUUUAAAGCUGCUUGGAUUUUACUGUUUUAUUUCUUGUUGGCUUAUAGUUAUUUUUAGCUAAAUUGUAAUUUGUUAACUGCCUUUUUCUAUUGUAAUCCCCCACCCUGCCCCCUGGAAGCGUACCUAUAAUUGCUAGGUAAACAAUCACAUGUGCUGGGGAUUUGUGGGCUGGUAGCAUUCAAAGCUUUGUUUUUGUUCCCUACUUAGCCUAGUUAGACUCAAUACAUUCCAUGGCUGUGCAUGCUUCAGAAUUUGACAGUGACAAGUUUCAAAGGCCUGAUCCUGUGUUUCUGCGGCAGGUUCUCCCCUUUGCCCAUGUGAGCAACAAUAAGAAAUAUGUCACGCUGAUCAAUCCUCAAGCAGUGGAUCUUGAUGCUUAUAAGAAGAAGUUGCAAGAAGCAAUCAAAGUGUAUGAAAGGCAAGUCUACUCUUGUACACACAAAGUAUUUUUAUUAAUUGACAUUUUCAAGACUAGGACAUAAAUAAAUGUAAUAUGCAAGAUACAUUUGGCCAUUAAUAUUUAUUAAUACUCCAUUAGUUAUUCAUAGAGUUGAUUUUAGGCAUUUGGAAAUAAUGCAUUUAUCUUCCUCAAAGUUUUUAACUUGCUUUUCAAGACAGAAAUGUGUUUUCUGCUCCUCUCUAAGAUUGGUUGGCAUUUUGGGGGAAGACAACUGUACGAUUUGAAUUUCUUCAGCUGUAAAAUAGCAUUAUAUAUUUGAAACAGUUACUGUUUUCCCUAUGGGACUUCUCCAAGCUGGAAUAUCAAGAGGACAAAUUUCAAUAUGGAGCUGUUUGCAAAUGACCAAGCAAUAACUCUAAAUGUCUCUCACAGCAGCUGUUCAGGCUUGUCUAUUACGCCACGAAUGGUACAUUAUAUUUCUGCAAAUUGAAUUUGCAGGGGUUGAAGCGCAAGUUUCUGAAUCGCGAUAGGUCGAACUUUUAUUUGAUGCCUGCCAAAUUGUCCAAUUUGUCUUUGCACGGAAAAGCUUUAAUGAAGAAGGACGCAUGACAUUAACUCGUCCUCCUCGAUAAAUAACCCAAGCGCUAUUAGCAUGAUAUUUAGUUGAAGCAAAAAAUGGCAGUAACAAUAAUGCCAUACCUUCCAGAAAGAAGGAGAAUUUUUCCUGCUGGGCAGUGAAUGACACCCCACCCCACCCCCGAAACAAAGAGAUCUUAAAACUACAGUGAAUUAUUGUUUGGAAUAAUCACAGGCAUAAGAAAAGGAGCAGGUGGCGAACAGAAAGCAACAUGUGCCCUUCAGAAAUAAAUAUCCCGAGGCUGUCAGAUUUUAUGCCUGUAAAUAAAUUAGGGAAUCUGAGUAUGUGACACAAAAAUUAUCCUGGAAUGCUUCAUUAUACCCUGGAAUGCACAAAUGCCCUUGGCAUGCUGUCGUAGCUCUGGCCCCUGACUGCCAAAACGAUGCACCUGUGGUUCAGAGAGAGACGGGGUUAGUUCAGGACUGCUGCCAAAUUCCUUCCGGGGGAGCUGUGCUGCACCUGAGGGCUCUUCACCAGACCCGUUUCAUGGGAACAGACCUCCCAGAAGCUGCCAUUCUGCAGGUCCUCUUGGUAUCCUUUUUUUACCACAGGGAUGGAGAACAUCUGCUGCCUCCCAGAUGCUGUUGGACUCCACUCCCAUCAGCCAACAGCCAGGAAUUGUGGGAGUUGUAGUUCAGCAGCGUAUGGAAGGGCCACAGGUUCCGCAUCCCUGCUUUACCGAAACCGUUGAAUGAUUUGAUUUGUUGGUUUACCUUCAAGGUGGCACUUAAUUGUUUCAGCAGGCCUUCAGUAGAAAACCACCACAUAUCCUGUUAGUGGAGUAGUAGCUUGCUACCAGACUGAUAAAAUCGAAAGGAAAAGCCAUGGCUCAGUAGGAGAGUAUAUGCAUUGCAAGUUCAGUUCCCGGUAUGUCCAGUUAAAUGGCCAAGUAGGAGAUGAUGGGAAAGACCACUGUCUGAGACCCUGGAAAGCCCCCCACCCCAGCUUCAGCUCCUUGAGGGUCAAUUGUCCCACUAGAAUGAUGUGCAAUGCAGAUUCCAGCCCCCUCUACUCCCAUGCAUGAGUAGAAGCACCUUCAGAUUACAUAGGACAUCUGUAGACCAAGCCAUUGUGUGUUAUAUGUGAAGCCAGCAUCAAUCCUGACCAACUAAUGUUUUAUCAGCUGUGUGGCUUGUUUAUAUUACUCUGUACUGGAUGGAACUCCCAAUGGAACAGCAUUGUGCAGGCUACAGUGGGAAUUCACCUGCAUUCUUCCACGUCCCUGGUUGUGUCACAUUGUUACUGUGAAAAGCAAUGUUUUCCUGAUGCCUUUGUUUUCAGAGGAUAAUUUUGAAUUUCAUAGUUGGCCGAUGAGGACAGCUUGACACUUCUUUUUUAAGGCCUCUCAGAGUACAAAUUUGCCACAGGUCUCCCUCCCCUAUUUUAAAAAGAAUGGAGUGUUCUGUUUUAUUUAAUCUCGUUAAGUGCACUUACUGUGCUCUGAGAAACUGUUGUGUUUUCAUUAACAGGCGACUUGAUCAGCUUAUUUGGAGAGCGUUACCCCAGGAGGAAAAAGACAAGUAAGAUGCUGCCUUCUUGCUUUCCAGCUCAAGAAUUUUAUUUUUAUUUUUAUUUUUAAAAAGUAUAGAUGGAAUGGGAGCCACUGUUUCAUGUCUCCAUUGGAAGUGCUCCUUGAGUUUUAGGCAUUUUAUUUCAUGCUUUUUAAAAUCAUCUCUAUAGUGCAGGGGGGAGGCUUUUCUGUUGAGGGCCACAGUCCCUUAGGGAAAGCCUGUCAGGGGCCAUAUGCCAGUGAUGGGUGGGGCUGGAGGUAAAAGUGGGUGGGGCACCCCCUUUUCUUUCUGUUUGACCUCUCUCUCUCUGUUUUCUGUCAUCUACUUUUGACUUAUCUCCCUUCCUUGCUAUCUUCAUGAAACUUCACUGAGGGUUGCAGGUUGCCCCUCCCCCCCACGCACCCGGACUCUAGUGGCUCCAAGAUCCAUAAGGGGUUGCCAGACCCUCCAAGUGCCCCUGUUUUCAAGAUUUACAGAAGCCGUCCCGCUUUCUGAUUUGAUCCUGGAAAGUCCUGCUUUUCCUUAGGACGACCCUCUUUUCAUCAGAGAAAUGUUGGAGAAAUGAAAGCAGCCCUGUAUAGGGAAGGUUUUUUUAUUAAACUUUUUAAAAAUGUUUUUAUGUAUGUUGGAAGCCGCCGCCUAGGGCUACCCAGUGUCUAGGGCUACCCAGUGUUUAGGGCUACCCAGUCAGAUGGGUGGGGUGUUAUUCUUAUGGAAGAGGAUGUCCCUAUUCUCACUGGAGAAAUGUUGGAGGGUAUUGGUUGUGGCUAAUAUGAAAUGAUGUCAUAUUUUUCAUGUAUGCAAAGCAUCACUUGAUGUUGCAUCUCCUUGUCGGUGAGGAUGCCUCUCAUGACUGGGCACAUAAGAAGUGUACACAGCCUGUAUCAAUAGCCUGAUAUGUUUAAUUUUGCAAAGUUCUAGCCUAAUUUGCAUGAAUUAGUUAACACAGUCUGUGCUUACGUAAUGAGUUCUGUCAGGAGCCCAUUCAUACUUGAUUUGCUGGAGCAAGUGGAACCCUAUUGGGCCCUUCUGUCACCUGACCCUUGCUGAGUUGGUAGCUGUGGUACUUCCUUUUCUUGCAGUGUAUUGGAGCAACCUAGCUACAGCCCCUGCACCAAGCUCAAGGGUACCCCACAUAGACUGCAUGACGGUAAUCCAAAACUUGAGGAUAUCAAUGCAUGGACAACUGUGCUCACACUAUUCUGGUCCAGGAAUGGCUGUAGCUGUCUUACCAGCAGAAGUUGGUAAAAGGAACUCCUAGCCACUGAGGACACCUUAGCCUCUGGUGACAGAGCUGAAUCAUGGAGCAGUCCCAGACUGCACUCCUGUUCCUUCAAGGAGAGUUCGACCCCAUCCAGGGCAGCCAACUUACCUACUUCCCAGACCCAGGAAACACUCACCCACAGAGCCCUGUCUUGCCAGAAGUCAGUUUAUUAGUCCUCGUCCAACCCACCAAUGUAUAGUUUUCUCAUAGUACCACAGUAUGAUCAAAAUGAAGAUAAGUCCCACCUUACUUGAUUGGAAAAGAAGGUCUGCUUAGUCCAGCAUUCUGCUUCAUGAAGCAGUCACCCUUAUUAUUCUGGCACUUUGCAAACAGGACAUGAAGGGAAGUGCCUUUCUUUGUCCCCAGCAGCCGGAAUGCAAAUGUAUACUGUGCUUGUAUAGGUACUGUUAUUUUUGCUUACAUCAUGGAACCCAAGGCAGGUCUCAAGCGACCUCCCAUCCAAGCAAUGACCAGGCCCAGACCUGUUUAGCUUCAGCAGGGUAGUAGUCUUAAGUGCCUUCAGAUUGUACCCUGGGAGGUUCCAUUUACCUGUCAUAGCUAAGAGCCCCUUGUUGACCUCUAUGAAUUUGCCAUCAUUUUUCGUCGUGGGGGCUCCGUGCUUUUAACAACAGCACAAAACAGCCAAGUUCAAUAGUUGCAACUUUCCCCAUCAUCAUACUUCCCAACCUGGGAAGCCUCCAGAAGUCAAAGCGAAGCUGUCUAGAGGAGGCUGCUGAGGCUGCUGCUUGUUCUUCCUUAGUGGCAUAGGAGAGCCAGGAAAAAAAUAUCGCACCUGGCAACCAAUGUACCCUUUUGGUUUCAGAUAGUACAUGGGUAGACAAGUCUAUAAACCCCGGGACGCAAAUUUUCAUGCCCCUCUAGUGACUAUGGUGGCUCAUUGAUCAGAAGUAAUGUAUUUUGCAUUAACUCAGGAAGUGUAUACUCGAUUCUGACCAAACCUAAUCCUCCUGAUGUCUAUUGUAAACUCUUCAACUGGUUGAUCAUGACACCCACAACAUACGUAGAUGUCAGGGAUUGGACUGAGGAGGAAUGGUGGGGACCGCCCCCCUCUCUCGCUGAACCUUCCCCAGAAGAGGAGGACAGUAUAGAUUUAGAGCAGUGGUUUGCAGAAGGUCAUAGUUCAGAGGCUGCAGAAGGGAGAAGCUGGGAAAUAUUGGGAGAGCAGCAGGAAGAAGAAGCACCAAGAGAGAGACAGAUGACAGACUCAGUGUCUUUAGAAAGCAUUCAUGACCCCUCCUCUCCCAGGACCAGGCGUGCCUUGAGAGUAGUAGAACAGAAAGCUCAGAGGCAGAAAGCACUGGUCAGCUGGCACAGGGACUAAGGGGGUGGGACUUUACUUGGAGCAACACCAUUAUCUAAGAGAGACCACAUUCCUUCAUCUCUCUCUGUGAUAUUGAAUACAUCACUUGGUAAGAACUCUUCUUGUUUAUCUGCUUCUUGGUUGACACAGUGGGAGGGAUAGGAUUCCCUUAAGCCUGACAGUAUCCUCUUGUUAUGUAGCCUCAGAGUGCAAGUCCCGUUUUCGCUUUUAGGUUCGAACAGAACAAGCCGGUCUCGUAUAUAGAACGUAAGGAAUCUUUGCUCCAGGCCUUAGAAAAUGCGAGUUGGCCCAUUUCCUACGAAGAGGUGAUGUUGUUGGAAGAUGAGAUUCUGACAGGAUUAACGUAUGAACAGCAGGCCAUUGAACUUAAAGAAGCUUCCAAAGAGGAACCCCAAAGAAUCUGUCCCCUUCGGAUCUGCCCUGCUAAACAGGUAGGUGGUAUUUCAUUACUUAUUUAUUUGAGAGGUGUUUUUUUUUAAUAAGAAAUGCACAAGGCAGCUUGCAAAAAAAAAAAAAAAUCAAUAAAAUGCAAGAAAGAAACACAAUCUUAGGGACGAACUGAAAAGCCAAAGUGAAGUGCAUUUUAAAAGAGCAGUAGAGUACACACUUCACUAGCAAUGCCACCAACAUAAUUUUCAAGCAUAACCAACAUAUUGAAAAUAUUCGGGUUUUUAAAGUUUGCGGUAGCUUUGUUUGGCAUGUUUUGCGUAUAUAUGGAAAUAAAAGAUGGAAAGGAAAUGAUAUAGCAUGACUUUAUCAUGAAGAGAAAAAAAAAGAUCUCUUUUCUUGAAAAGAAACCCUUAAAAUUUAAUCCUGGUGACCUGCAAAGGUCACCAAAUAAGUUUUGGGCUUCACUGGGUAUUUGAACCCAGAAUUCCUCAUGCACAACAUUACAUCCAGCAGCAACAGCAGAUGGGCACUGGGUUGCCACUUUGUGCCCUAUCAUAGAAUCCUAGAGUUGGAAGGGACCUUGAAGGUUGUAUUGCUCAGUGCAGGAUCUACAGUGCAAGAUGCAGUUUGAACCACCCCUGACAGAUGUCCAUCCAGCCAUUGUUUAAAUACCUUCUGGGAAGGAAAGUCCAUCACUUCCUUCUAUUUGAAUUCUCUGGUUUAAUAAGCCAGAUUCGUAACCCAUGGUUAUGAAACUAACCAUGGUUGGCUUCUUAUGAAGAUGACCAGAGCUUGUUUUCAACCAAGAGCCAUGGCUCUAAUCUGGGAUUCAGUAUACCUGAAGUGGAAGCAGGCAGAGGUUCUCCUCUCAGCCAUGUGGGAGGAGGUGAGGAAAUGCAAGCCCAACACUUGGUUUGGGCUUGUUGCAGCUCAUCCCUUUAGCGCCAAACCAUGGUUUACUCUUGUGAGUGAACGCAGCAUCUGUACAUUACUGUGAUACUCCCUCUGAGAAAGACCAGACAAGAAAUGUGAACAGUGAAACUUCCCGGUGUAUGCCGGUCACUUGCAGCAUUAUUCCUUUUCUGCACUUAAAAAAUGUUAUCUAAUUGAAAUGUUGAGGACUGCAACCUUAGUAGCAAAGGUGCUUGCUUGCUUGCUUCCCUUGAAGUGAGCGAUGUUUAGAGCCAAACUGAGUGCUGUGUUACAUGUUGAGGAGUGAGAUACUACUUUAUAAAAUAUAUAAAUGGUAACAUUUGUGCGUGAUGGUUCGUCUCCUACAAGGGUGCAUUGUAUUGGGCUUAGACAGAUAUGCAUGACUGUAACUGACAUAUACUCGGAGUCCUGUAGUGAUUUCAUGCUCUUUAUUGCAGCUUGUAAAACAGUGAUUAAAUUGCCCCCCAAACCUCAGGCUUUUAUAUACAUUAUUUACACAAUGAGUCCCGUUUGAUUGGCUGAUUCUGCUUCCCUCCUAGAGCCUGAUUGGUCUUUUCCUGCAGGCCAAUCAGUUGUUGCAUUCUACAAUCCUACCAGCCUAAUAGGCUGAUUAACUUCCUCCUGGAGCCUGAUUGGUCUUUUCCUGCAAGCCAAUCAGUUGUUGCAUUCUAGGAUCCUACUUGCCUAUUGUUCUAGGAUCCAAGCUUAGUACAUAACAGUAACCUUUUGAUAAAAUGAAAAUGUUGUUUUCUUUGUGCGCAUAAUGGGGAUGGAGCAGCUUUCACUGGCACUUUCUAAACAUACCAGGGAUGUGAGUUUCCUUAAACCUCUUGUGCAGGGAAACGGCAGCACAUUUAGCAGCCAGUUUGGCUUUAAAUAUCACUCAUUUGUAUGAAAUAGCCACCUGCUACUUGGAGAGGAAAUGAUGCUCUACGCUUUGAUUGACUGAUGUAAUCUGUAAUUUCAAAUGGACAGUUGAUAAAUGAAAAAUUUCGCCCAGCAGGAUUAUGCUAAAUCAACCAUUCAGUCAGGGAAACAAAAAAAUUAUUGAGGAAAGUGUUAUUAAAAUGCUAAUAAAGCUUCUUCCUUAUUUCUUUUUAAAAGCUCUUUGGCAAGCAUUACAGAGGGAGCUUAUCUUUUGAGAAAAGGCCAGACCUCUGGCAGAUUUCCAAUUGUGUAUUUCUUUCAAUCUUAACAAAGUGAAAAGCUCUCAUUUUGCUACCGGUUAAACAAGAGAUGGCUUAUGUUCAAAUGAGGAGAGCUUUAGAAAAGUGCCCUUAUCUUACCUACAAAUGCCUACUCAGAAGACCUCUAGUUCAGUGGAAUUUGUUCACAAGUAAGCAUGCAUAGGAUUGCGGUUUUGAUCACAUAAACCAGAGCCUUCCAACUGUGUGUCGCGACACAUUAGUGUGUCUGCUGCAGUGUGUAGUGCAAACGUUCCCCGCACUCCUCCUGGGGCUGGAAAGGGGUUUGUUUAACCUCCAGUUUGCUGGCGAAAUUGAAUUACCGUGUCGCGAAAUGAUGCAUGUCUAAAAAGUGUGUCACCAACAUUUAAAGUUUGGAAAGCUGUGACCUAAACGAUCAACGCUUCUACAGCAUAGUGUGCCACAUGAAGUAGAAAUAAGAUACAGUUGUACCUCAGAAGUCGAACGGAAUCUGUUCCGGAAGUCCGUUCGGAAGCUGCGGAACCUGCAUUGGAUGUUUGGGUUCCAAAAGAACGUUCGCAGACCGUAACACUCACUUCUGGGCUUGUGGUGUUUGGGAGCCAAAGUUCAAAUCGCAAGGCGUUCAACUUCCGAGGUAUGACUGUACUGGCUCUUAAGAGCUGAGAGAGGGCAUUUUGGGGCACAGCCCUGUCCUUCAAGGAAAAAUGGUAUACAAUUAAUAAAGGAGAGGUGUCAGACUGAGGAAAGGACCUAGAGGGAUACUAGGGACCAUCACAAACAUCAGACAGCUGUAGAGACCACCCAGAGUCAGCUCUGUAGUCAGUCACUUCCCUGAGGCUUCCUUUUUGGGUUUUGGUCCCUCAACACAGCCACCUAAAUUUCACAAAGCAUGACUGCAAGAUGUCUCCUCCCUGUAAGGACACAGCUACACAGCAGCAUCUUGGUCACCUCACAGCCCCUCUGUCCUUGAUCCUCUCUGCCGUGCAUCAUGCCUUACCAGUCUUCUGACAUGUGGGUCAGUUCCCCACAGGCACCCCCCUCCCUGUCAGCCUCUGCAUAACAAAUAUCCACAUGAUGCCUUGGAAUGACUGAGUGUGUGUCAUCCCCACAGGCAGAGGAGAUCCUUUCUAAUUCUGCAUUUCAACUCUGCCACUGAAAAGUUGCUUCAUGCUAGUAUGGCUCACCGUGAAUGGUGCUUGUAAAAAGGGCUGGGGGGGGGGAGAGCUGGCUUAAUAAUAAUGAUUGAAGAUAAUAUCCGGUGCCCUUGAAUCUCUAAAAUCUUUGAUAUAUCCUAAUAAAAAUAGGAAGCGUCCAUUAAGUGAGUACGGUAGCUGUUGAUAAUCUUCCUCUAACCCACCAGUUCAUUCCUCCGCUCUGCAGGAGCAGAAACAUUUCUGCACUUUACCAGUUCCUUCUGGUGUGUUUCCCUCCUGCUGUCCUGACAUGCCAACAUAUGCUACUGACUGCGAUGUGAUUAACACCGUGCAAUCACUUAUCCUGAGACAACCUGCAUUAGCAGCCUAAUCAGAGCCCCAUCUUCAGUAAUUGCUAAUCUGCAGCUGCAAAGCUUCAGGACUGAGUGGUAGAAAUGCAGGUGUCAUUCAGAAAUGGUGUUGAGCUCAGGAUAGAAAUGACAUGUUUCAAACAAUGGCUUGUCCCGUCCCCCCCCCUCAUUUUUUAUUUGUCUUGCCUAAAUGUAUACUUAACUUAUUUUGUGCACACACCCUAAACAGGAGCUAUACUCAACAUGACUUGAUGUUAGAAAAAGAUGUUUGGCAAGGUACAUUUCCUUUGUAUAUUAGUGAAUGCAAUGCUGUUUACUUGGAAUUUAAAUCUUUGGACAAAUCUGGACAAAUCUGAUUUUUUAAAAAGCACUGAGGAGAUGGCCUAUUAAAGCUGAAAGAGAAAUAGUAACCUUUUAUGGCUGACCUUAGCAGUUGCCUAUCUGUUCAGACCUACUGCUGAAUUAAUGUAAGCUAUCAAAAAAAGCUGGAAAGUUGGUAUUGUUAAGCUUGUGGGUAGAGUUGCACCAUUGCUGUUGUUUGUACAGAUGGCUAAAAGAUCUUUGUUGUUUAGUCGUUUAGUCGUGUCCGACUCUUCUUGACCCCAUGGACCAGAGCACACCAGGCACUCCUGUUUUCCACUGCCUCCCACAGUUUGGUCAAACUCAUGCUGGUAGCUGUCGUCCCCUUCUCCUUGUGCCCUCCAUCCUUCCCAACAUCAGGGUUUUCCAGGGAUUCUUCUCUUCUCAUGAGGUGGCCAAAGUAUUGGAGCCUCAGCUUCAGGAUCUGUCCUUCCAGUGAGCACUCAGGGCUGAUUUCCUUAAGAAUGGAUCGGUUUGAUCUUCUUGCAGUCCAUGGACUCUCAAGAGUCUCCUCCAGCACCAUAAUUCAAAAGCAUCAAUUCUUCCGCGAUUAGCCUUCUUUAUGGUCCAGCUCUCACUUCCAUAGCUUUAACUAUACGGACCUUUGUCAACAAGGUGAUGUCUCUGCUUUUUAAGAUGCUGUCUAAAAGAUCUACCGAGCCUCAAAACAGAGUUACGGAGGCACUGACGACUUCUUCUAGAAGGCAGAAAUGUGCAGAGCAGAUUUUUUUUUGUCUGAAACAGAUUCCAUAAAAGUCAGAUCACAUAAGUUUAGACUAGGUUGCCUUAGAUCAGAAAAUGAAAUGUUAUUGUAAUUGCAAAAGCAUAAAGGAGGAAGAAGACUUGGCAUUUAAUAGAGCACCUUUCAAGUGUUAGCACAUUUCGCACAUCCAUGGCACUGAUGAAGAGGGUUACAGAAAAUGAGUAUUCAAAGCUAGUAGCUUUAAGAGGGAUUGGGAACAUUUUCUGCUUCCCUUGAAAGAGUAGAUUCUUUGAGCUAGAUUCAGUUGUUCCCUCAGCAUGGAUCCCAAUAAUUUGGUUUGAGGGGAUGCUCAGAGGGUUGGGUGGGUUCUUCCACUAAUAGAGGAAUAGGGGCAGCUAUUUCCCUGAUCGACCCUCUUUCCCCUGUUGCUCCCAAAAACCACCUUUCAGAGGGUCCCUCAAACCUUUGGAACAAAUUGGGUGUGGGUAUUAGGGGCUGCAGUGGGAAUGGUGAAUGAAAAUGCCCUUUCUGCCCUCAGAAGCUUUCACUGGAUCAAAAACCAAUAUGUGGGUGGAACAGCAGCACUCAAAGUUUCUCCUCCUGAGAUACCUGCUUUUCAUGCUCCAAGGCAGCUGCAGCAUUUAUUAUCUCUCCAAUGUCACAUAGCCUUUUCUUGUCUAGCCUAGAUUAUUUCCCCCCCAUUUGCUGGUGAUAUAUUUUAUUCUCCAUCCCAUUUUGCCCCUGGAGCAGCUAUUUGUUUCCAAAGACAUGAUUAGAGCAAAACGUUCUGCUGUUCAUGAGGUUGAUGGGGUCUUGGCCAGGAAAGGACCCCAUCGUGGUUUUAUUCUACAAAAGAAGAUUUGAAACUGUAGGAACAUAGAAUCAUAGAGUUGGAAGUGACCACAAGGAUCAUCUGGUCCAACUCCCUGCAAUGCAGGGAUCUUUUGUCCAACGUGGGGCUCAAACCCACAACCUUGAGAUUAAGAGUCUCAUGUUCUGCUGACUGAGACAUGAAGCUGAUUUAUUUUGAAUCAGACCAUUGGUUCCUUCAGUCAUAUUUCCCAACCUGAUUAGCAAUGGCUGAAGAGAAAUUCCCUGUAGAGAACUUCCCUAGCCCUGUAAUGAUAUAUUUGCCACUGGAAGUCCUGGGGAAUGAAUCUGGUAUCAUCUAUAUGCAAAGCAUCUGCCCUACCACUGAUCUACAGCCCCCCAUUUGACCAAUAAGUCAUUCUGAACGCUAGCUGUUCUUAAAUAUUACAUUGAAAAGUGCUAAGCGCUUACUACUAAAGCUGCAAAAGUUUUGUUUUAUGCAUAUUGCCCCACUGUAUGCCCUUUUUUCUGUUGUUGUUGUUGUUGUUGUUGUUGUUGUUGUCUAGUUAUGAUGUACAUCUCAAGAACUGGGGGUGGGCAAAUCUCUCUCUUUCUCAUUUAUAUGCAACACAGAAAUUUUCAUCAAAGCUACAGGAAAAGAAGCCGCAGAAAGGGAAAAGGGUUGAUGCUCUCAAGGGCCACAAGGUCAUUGCAAGAUCAGAAAGCACGGGAUUUUACUACCCAGGUAAUUACAUUGUAAAUAGUAGUUUGUUUGGCUUGGAAUUCUACCCUAAAACCAGUGUCAAGACCUGGCGUGUGGAUGGGAGUCCUUUGGAGCAGGAAGUGAUAACUAAUCAGCCAGGAUAGUUACCAAAUGUAAUAUUUAGCUCGCAAUGCAGAGAUAUUACAUAGUUGGCAAUGCUGGUUCAAAUGUUUAGGAUCUAUACAUAUUUUGAGGAAUGGGCAUUAAUGCCUAUGUGGGGGUAUAUGCUUACGUGUGUGUGCAGAAUUUUCAAAUCUUGGCAGUGUGCAGUGGGGAAGAAAGGAAGGACGCACAUGGGACUGUCAGGGGCACCUGUUACCAUAGAACUGUCGGAACUUGCGUUCGACAGAGCUACUCCUCCAGUCGAGCCUUCGGAAUCUCCUCCGACGAUGAUUAACAACCUGAAACUUUGAUAAGGCUGCAGGCAUGUUCUCCAUUCAUCAGAGUAUCAAACACAGCAGAAGAGAUGAGAGGUUUGAGCUACAUUGCUAGGUUUCAUUUCUAACUACGCAGACAGAAAAGAAAUAUACAUGCUUUCUCUGUGAAAGCAGAGAGCAACCGAAAAACAAAGGAACAGGAAACCAGUAACAUCACAUCCAUCUCCUGUCUUCCGUGAGACUUCCAACAGCCUGGAAUCUCUGGAAUGCAAAACAGAGUCUUGUGACUCCAAGCACUGCACAGUGGCAUAAACAGAAACUAACAUCCUCCCCCUUUCUGUGAACACCACUGGGCAGUGUGUCAGUACAAUCUCAGUACAAACCUAGUUUCUGUACAUAGGUACAGUGUUGAUCCCUUGGAACAACCUUGGACAAUAAAUCAGCAGGAAUUUCAUUACCUGGCCUUAAAAUUGGAAUAAAUAUCUUUUUUUUUUUUUUAAAAAGGAAUUUCAUUACCUGGCAUAUAGGACACCGUUACGAGUCCUUUCUGGACACAUUCUCUAGCAUGUUGCAGCUUCAAUUGCAAGUGCUUUGUGCUUUGCUUACAACCUUCAAAAGUCAGCAAAGCCAAACAUGCUUUGUUGUCCUGAUAAACCUGGAUUGGACACUUUACAGGAAUUCUCAUGUCUCUACACAAUUGUAACAACCAUUCACAAUCCACAAGUGAAUAAGAUAGUGCAUUCAGUUCAGCUUCACAAGAACUUAAGCUUACUGUUGUUUGCUUCUUGCACGACCAAUCAAAUAGACCCUGGUUGUACAUGGAAUCUCUGGAAUGCAAAACAGAGUCUUGUGACUCCAAGCACUGCACAGUGGCAUAAACAGAAACUAACAAGAACUGGAAGCAACCUUAAAAGUUACCCAUAGUCCAACCCCCUCCCAAUGCAGGCAACCUACUAUUACAGACUUAACACAAAUGCUGUAUGUGAGACUUGGAAACUUGUACCGAAUGCUGAAGUUCUUCCCUCUUACGUAUCCACUGUUGGCUGUGCAUUCAGUGGGUUUGAGAAUGUGUGUGCAUAAGAGCCAUUGCAAAGGAGGAAGGAUCCUUGUUUCAAGCAGCUCUGUGUGCAUACAUUGGUACGCGUUCAAGUUCCCUUUCCGCACUUUCUAAACGCAUGACUGAGGGUGGAUCUAAACACAGGGAAAAGAACGUGCUAUGAUUAAGUCAGAAAUUAGAUCGUUUUAACCAGUGCUUUUUUUCUGGGGGGACGCAGGGGUACGCAUACCCCUAAACAUUUUGUGAGUCUAAGUAUGGCCUCACUGAGGGGCAGUAUUUCAAUAUGAGUAGGGAAAUGAGAGUACCCCUAAACAUUUUUUUAAAGAAAAAAAAGCACUGGUUUUAACAAAAGAAAAAAAAUCUCUAUGGAAAACCGCAUUUAAAAAAUUUCCUGCUAUCUGGCUCCAUCCGGUGUCACAUGUUUAUAGUGCCUUCAGAUUGCUGUUUCUUUACUAAUGUAGCCGAGUCCUGAAUGUAAGAACAUUCUAAUGGACCUGGAUAAUGUCCCAUCUAGUCCAGCGUUCUGUUCUCACAGUGGCCAACCAGAUGCCAAUGGAGGGCCUGAACCCAAUUGUGAUUUUCGGCAAUUGGCAUUUAGAAGUAUACUGCCUUGACAGUGGAGGUAGAGCAUAGCCAUUGUGGCUGUUUGCUGUUGAGAGGGUGGCACAGCUACCCUCUGUGCCCCCCCUCAUGCUGCCUUUUAACAUGUGAAAGCUGAACACCGCUCAGGUUGCAACCAGUUGUGGGGCCGGAAUUAGGAACACAUUAGAUUUUGUUAUCCAUUGGUUCAUGUCACCCAGGACUGUCUGCUUUAGCUAAUGUCAGUUUUCCAGUAUUUUCCACAACCCCAAGGAAAGGGGUCUUUCCCAGUUCCAUUAGUUGUGAUCUGUAAAUGGAGCUGCCAGCAGUUGAGCUGCCUCAUCUGUAGUCAGUGCAUAUGCUCUGCACUGAGCUUUGAAAACCAGUUUUUAAAGAAAGCUGUUUCCAUUUAUUUCGCAUGCUGCAAAGCACAGCAUGUAAUCUGAAUCAUGGAUUGCUUUCUCUCUCCUGGUCUUUGUUUUAGGGACGGUAAUACGAACCAUCACUCCUUUUUACGCACUUGUUGAUUUCAACUGUGGGCACACGGAGAUCGUCCCCUUGAAGUUCAUUAUACCUGUGGGGGGUGCAAUGCCUUGUCCAUCCUUGCAGGUAGGCGAUUUACCAUUUCUGAAGUGCAUGCAUGUUCUCCUCUACAUAGUUCUUUCUUAAAGGAAUGCACCCCCUUCCUUUUAGCUCAUCCAAGUUGCCCGGUCUUUUUUACUGGGUGAAAAUGGGACCAGAGCAGGCGAACUUACCUGUCUGAGGUUGAUAUUGGGCUUUCUUAUUGAAAUAUACUCGGAGUCGAGUGUGGAUUUCAUGCUCUUUAUUCAGCUCAUAGUGGUGAGGAGGAAUGGAAGUUCCCCCAGAAUGUCUGCUUUAUAUACAUUAUUUACACAAUGGGCCCAACGUGAUUGGCUAAUUCCGGGAUUCACCUGUAGGCCAACCAGGUUGCGGAUUCACUUCCACCUGGAGCUGGAUUGGGUGGCUCCUGUGGACCAAUCAGACUGCUGCAUUCUGAAUCCUAUUGUUCUAGGACCAACCAGACUGCUGCAUUCUGAAUCCUAUUGUUCUAGGACCAACCAGACUGCUGCAUUCUGAAUCCUAUUGUUCUAGGACCAAUCAGACUGCUGCAUUCUGAAUCCUAUUGUUCUAGGACCAGUCAGACUGCUGCCUUUUGGAUCCUAUUCAACUCAGUACAUAACACUUAUCUAAGGAUGCAUGUGAAGGGUGAUGAACCCAUGUGGUGGCCAGCCAUAAGGUGCAACUCUGGUGAAUAAAAUUUCUGAAACACUUACAGGAAAACUUAAAAGAAAAAGAGGUAUAGGUGUCUGGGCAUAUGCAGGAAUCCUGCCAUCUCCCCACCAAAAGAAAGCACUUCCCCUUGAUUCUCUGUAUAUAAAAGCAGGGUGUAGUUGCUCAGUGGAGUCAGAGUUACUUAUUACUUAUUCUAUAAUGCUCUUUCAUAACUACAGUCGUACCUUGGUUUUUGAACAGCUUAGUUCUGAACGUUUUGGCUCCCAAGCGCCGCAAACCCGGAAGUGACUGUUCCAGUUUGCAAACUAUUUUUGGAAGCCGAACGUCCGACGGGGCUUCUGCGGCCUCUGAUUGGUUUUGGAAGCCGCACUUUGGUUUCUGAACGUUUUGGAAGUUGAGCGGACUUCCGGAACGGAUUCCGUUUGACUUCCAAGGUAGGACUGUAUUUCUAUAAAGAAGGGACAGAGUCAUAGAUGGAAGGACAUAUUGCUAGGGCCGGCCCACCUGUUAGACGUGGUGAGGCAGUCACCUCAGGUGGCAGGCAGACUGGGGACAGCUGCGAAGGGUGGCAGAUCUAGGCCUCUGAACAGUUCGCCACCUCCUAUACUUGUUGCCUGUGGCCACUGUGUAAUAAACAGCAGAACUGCUGCUACUGGCAGCUGCCCCUCUCAGGCCUUUUUUCUUCCUCCCAUUACCCUCAGUGUGCUGGUGCAUCCCUGAACUGCCUCCAGUCGCCUCAGACGGCAGCAGUGAAUGAGGCAGUGGUGGUGGUGGGAGACAGCAGUGGUGGAAGAGGUGGUGGCAGUGUGGGAGAGCGCCAUUUUCUGUUUUGCCACUCAGGCAGCAAAAACGUCUUGGAGACCCAAAACAGUAUGAUACAUGAGAUUAGUGAGAGUACGUUUCAUUCAGCUGUUUGUUUUUAAAUGUAAAUGCCAGCUAUGCGGUGAUAUCAGAACUUGUGGCACAUGAUGAACACAUGCUGACACAUUUUUAAGGACGUUUCUAAGUUGUCAACAAUUCGCUUUGCCCUACUCCUUUGCUACACAAGGAAUAGUAUGGCCAUAAUAUUUCACUUCCUGAUUCACAGGUGAAUAAAGUUUGGGUUUAAGCCACUUGGAUGCUUUGGGGAGGAGAACUUUAGCUGCAGAAGAAAGGCAUUGGUUUAGGUUUUUUGGGGUUUUUUUUAGUUGAAACUGUAAGCUCACAAAGUAUACAGUCGUACCUUGGAAGUCGAAUGGAAUCUGCUCAGGAAGUCUGUUUGACUUCCAAAAUGUUCAAAAACCAAAUCAUGGCUUCUAAUUGGCUGCAGGAAACUCCUGUAGCCAAUCAGAAGCCGUGGAAGCCCCGUCAGACGUUAGGGUUCCAAAGAACAUUCGCAAACUGGAACAAACAUUUGUGGUGUUCAGAAGCCAAAACGUCCAAGUUCCAGGGCAUUUGAGAUCCAAGGUAUGACUGUACAGUUGUACCUCGGUUUUUGAACGUCUCAGAAGUUGAACAUUUCGGUUUUCAAACACUGAAAACCUGGAAGUAAAUGCUUCCAUUUUCGAAUGUGCCUCGGAAGUCGAACGGCUUCCUCUGAGUGUUUCUCAAUUUCCUCAAUUAAAUUCCUUUGUGCCUUGGUUUUCAAAUGUUUCAGAAAUUGAAUGGUCUUCCGGAAUGGAUUACGUUCGAAAACUGAGGUACCACUGUAAUUGCAUUCUUGUCUCUGUUAAUGGUUAAGAAGAUAGGACCUUCGGACCAUUAAAAUUUAAAGCUGAUGUACUCAACCUAACUCUACUUCUGGUUCUACAGGUUGGAGACUAUGUAUUUGUAAGAGUUAGGAAACAAUUGGGAGAUGAGUAUUACGUACCUGGUACUGUCAUAGCAACUCCACUAAAAUCUGAUUUAGAUGAUAAAGUCUACACCAUUUUGAAAUACAACAACAAAAAGGUAAGACGGCAGGCGGACAGACCUUGAAAACUGCAGUGCCUUUUAUUCUUGACACUAAUAGCGUCUUUUCCUUUGGUGGAACCAUAGAGCUUGGCUUGCACCUUUUCUUCCUGUCGACGCUAGCUGACAGGAAAAAUGUGCAAUUAACAUAAGAAACAUAUCUGAUUAAUAAGGACUCUCUUCAUUCAGUUCCACUUUAUUUUAAUGUCGUUCUUACUGCUCUGAAACUUCAUCCUUAAAACAACCUAUUAAUCAACUCUUCUCUUGGCACCAAUAACUGUUUUUCCAUAUGUUCUGCUGUGUUUCAGAUUAUUCUAGUAAGUUAUCCUUUUAUCCAUUGUGUCUAAUUUGUUUCCCCCUUUUAAAAAAAUAAAUAAAUAUACCAUUGCAUUUUGGAAACUUGACUCUUUUUACUUCCAUGUACAAGUUUCUUCAUGUGAAUGGUUGGUUUGACAAGAUAAAAGCCACUGGAGCUUAAAGAUGUGGUGAUUUUGUUGCUGCAGGCAUUCUGUGUACGAAAUGGGCUUAUUAAAAUCAGCCAUAGAAGGUAUUCCUGUUCCUGCUGCUACAUAAAUAUGACCCGAAUGAUGGAUUAUCUUGUGUGAGUAUACUUGAAUCCCAUUUUCCCCUCCAUUUCAUAAAUAUGUAUAGAUGUACACGUGUGUGUGAGAUGAGGUAAAUAUCAAGCAAUGCUACCGAUACAAAUACUAGAAUGAUGACAGUAAUAAUGUUGAUUCUGCAAAGCAAGAACAGCAGUCCCAACCAAAAUACCCUAGAGAUAUUAAAUGACCUAGAGACAGACGGGCUGUGUGGUAGGAAGGGGUGCAGAGAGAUAAUAGGGCAACAUCAUUGUAACAAGAACUGGUGCGUGUGUGUGUUGAUGUGUGAAUGGAGAUGUAAAAAGUACAAGUGGUUUAGAAUUAUUUAUUACAUUUAAAUGCCUCCCUUUGUCCAAGGAUCAUGGGGCGGUUUACAAUAUAAAAACACAAAAAUACAUACCAUAAUAACAAAUACAGUGGUACCUCGGGUUACAUACGCUUCAGGUUACAGGCUCCGCUAACCCAGAAAUAGUGCUUCAGGUUAAGAACUUUGCUUCAGGAUGAGAACAGAAAUCGGGCUCCGGCGGUGCGGCGGCAGCAGGAGGCCCCAUUAGCUAAAGUGGUGCUUCAGGUUAAGAACAGUUUCAGGUUAAGAACAGACCUCUGGAACGAAUUAAGUACUUAACCCGAGGUACCACUGUACAGCUAAAAGGCCAUAGAUUGUGUAAUUAGCCAAAGCCUGGGUGAAGAGGCAAGUUUUUGCCUGCCGCCUAAAGAUAAGUAAUGAAGGGGCCAGGUGAGCCUCCUUGGGGAGAGCAUUCCACAAACAGGGAGCCACUGCAGAAAAGGCCUGUUCUCGUGUUGCCGCCCUCUGGAUUUCUUGUGGAGGGAGCACACAAAGAAGGGACUCAGAUGAUGAUUGUGGGGUCCGGGUUAGUUCAUAUGGGGAGAGGUAUUCUUUGAGCUGUUGUGAUCCUGUGCCAUUUAAGGCUUCAAAGGUCAGAACCAGUGCUUUGAAUUGGGCCUGGAAACUAACUGAAAGCCAGUGUAGUUGGGUCAGUGUUGGUGUUAUAUGCUCAAGCAGUCUUGCCCCAGUGAGCCACCUGGCCAGUGAAUUUGGCGCCAGCUAAAGUUUCUGAACCAUCCUCAGACGCAGCUGCACAUAUAGCACAUUGCAGUAAUCUAACCUAGAGGUUACCAGGUCAUAGAGAGUCUGCACAAACCGAGUAUGUGAAGAAUGGGAAAUGGGUACAGGGGCAGAAUUGAGAUCAGAUAACGCCUGGGAACUGUGGGUUAAACCACAGAGCCUAGGACUUGCUGAUCAGAAGGUUGGCGGUUCGAAUCCCCGCCACGGGGUGAGCUCCCGUUGCUCGGUCCCUGCUCCUGCCAACCUAGCAGUUCGAAAGCACGUCAAAGUGCAAGUAGAUAAAUAGGUACUGCUCCGUCGGGAAGGUAAACGGCAUUUCCGUGCGCUGCUCUGGUUCACCAGAAGCAGCUUAGUCAUGUUGGCCACAUGACCCAGAAGCUGUACGCCAGCUCCCUCGGCCAAUAAAGCGAGAUGAGCGCUGCAACCCCAGAGUUGGUCACAACUGGACCUAAUGGUCAGGGGUCCCUUUACCUUUAACGCCUGGGAACAAGUUUCUGCUUGUCAUCUCACGUUAGAGAAAAAAACACACCAGUUGCUGAAAUCCUAUCUGCUGUCAUUUAGCUAAUCUGCUGCUUUGAAUUAAUCUAGACCAAACAUAAAAGUUGUGAAGCAUUUCCAUAGAGCGGCUGAAGAGGCAGAGACUAAAUGCAUCUCUGCUGGAGGUGAAUGGAAGAAGAAGGACAACAGAAAAGGAAGAGCAAAGAGCAGGAAGGAUCUCUGCAAAGCAUGGCCCUCUGAUGAGCAGCUGGCUGCCCCUAGAAGGACAGUGAAAAUAAGAGAAAGUAGUUUGUCGCCACCCUCUCAUAUCAAAGAUGGAUGUGCAGGUACAACAAGUAAAGUAGAGCAGGAGUCCAGUGAUGUUGUAAAGUCAGAUAUAUCCAAAAUGGAAAACUUGCAUUAGGUCUAUUUACUCUAUAUUUACUGUAACUUUGCCUAGUGAUUAGGAUUCUGUACUUUGAUUGUUUCACAGCCCAAGGUUGUUUUUAAUCCUUGCUUUCUGUAUCACGUUCCUAAUCGACAUCUUCUCAGUUAGCCUAACAAGAGAGAAAAUACAGACACUUGUCCCUGAUCUUCCAGCAUAUUGUAGGAAUGAUACUUUCUCCAGGGAUACAGUGCUUUGGAGUUUGGGUUUUUGCUUUUUUGCCAUUCCUUGGCAAAUACCCAAGUGACUACUACCUCCCUUGAUAUGCCAUAUUGGUCUCCAGGAAAACUGCCGCCAUUUUGUUCUGUUGAGCCACAUUAAGAACUUCCUCGUUCUCUCUUUAAAAAACAAACCAAAAACAUUUUUAUUGAAGGUUUUCAACAUAUUGUGCACAAAAAUCCCAACACAUUUAUAACAAGCUAGUAAUUAAUAAUAAUAAUAAUAAUAAUAAUAAUAAUAUUGGUGAUGAAAAAGCAAAUAUAAAAUUGAAUACUCAUUAUCCUUAACAAACACAAUUGUAUAAAAAAGAGAAAGAAGAAAAGAACGGAGAAGAAAUAACUGAAAAAAACCAUUAUCACAUUAUAGAUAUAAUAUGUGAUAAAGGUUUUCUCCAGUUAUUUCUUCUCCAUAUGUGUGUGUGUGUGUGUGUGUGUGUGAGAGAGAGAGAGAGAGAGAGAGAGAGAAGAGAAGAGAAGAGACUAAAAAGAGAAACUUCUGCCUCGCUGACAAUUGUGCAUUCCAGAAUUGCUUUUACCCCUUUGCAGGAUGCAGCUUUACCCAGAUUUCCCUCCCAAGCCCAACCUUUAACUUUUAGUCACCCAGACAGUGCAAUAUGACCCUUCAAAUGUCUUUCUAGUAAUCCAAAUUAAUAUUUCUCCAGUUUCUAUGUAAAAUUUCUUAUAAAGUCAUUUUAACCUGUUCUAGCAAUUUGUUGUUCUCAAUGAAUUGCUUUUCAUACUUUUUCUUUUUCUUUUUUACUCAGUAAAAAGCAAUAGUAAUGUUGCACAACUCCCCUAGUUUGGGAAGAUUCCUGCCUCAGAAGACAGGCAUUUGUAUCCCACCUCCUUUGUGCUUUUAUUAUGUUGCUGUAAUGUGGUGUUACUAUAGACUUACCCGCCUAUGUCUGAUUCAUACAUGCACAUUAAUGGCACAGUGGGUUGCAUCUAGUGCUACUGCUUAUCAGAGGAGACCCAUUCACAUUGAUAGACACAACUAACUUAAGUCCACUAAUUUCAGUGGGUCUACUCUUGAGUAGAAUUUCAUGGGAUGCAACCCAGUGUCCCACUGUGCAGCUUGCAACUGAGCAUGGGAACAAGCCCAAUCAAUUAUCUGAUGUUUGAAAAAUCUGAAGCAAUGAUGUGAUGAAGAAUGAGAGUUUUGUCAGAUGUUUGAUCUUUGUUGGCUCUUUCACACAUGCUAGUCAUCAAGGGAUGAACCUGGAAUGUGUAUUUCUGUCCCCUUUCUGAGAAUGUGCUUCAGAUAUCAAUGUGAAUGUACUGACCCAUAUACAAAUUCAGUAUAUAUAAUGUAUGUUGAAUAUCUCUUGCAAAUCACGGUUUGCGGUCAAUAUAGUACAAUUUAGAUAUGAAGGCUCCAAUCCCACACAUGCUUACCUGGGAGUAAGUCACAUGAAACUAGUGGGGCUUACUUUUGAGUAGACAGCUGUAAGCUUGCAAUGUAAAUCCCUUAUACGUUGUUUCCCAAACUUGUCUCCAGCGUUUUUGGACUACAAUUCCCAUCAUUCCUGAUCCAGCUAGUUAGGGAUGAUGGGAGUUGUAGCACAAAAAACAGCAAGUUUGGGAAACAUUGCCUUAUAAUAGGUUCUCUGAUAAUGCGUCCUAUGGCAGCAGACACUUUUCAACUCCCUCCAUACUUUGGAAACGAAACAAGAAAAAGAAAAGUUAACACAUGAUGUCUCCUGGUUUUGUUUGAUCAAUGUGUUAAAUAAUCUGCAUUGCUGGAUGACAAAGCGACUAUGCCUUCGUAUUAUCCGAGGCUGAUCUCCCACAUUCAUGCAGUGGCUCAGGUUGCACAUAAUGCUAAGCCAAACUAUGGCUUAGCACAAACAUGCAAGAUCGCUGUGAGCGAAGUCGUGGUAGCAUAUCGUCUGAAUCCACAGGACAGCAACAGGACUGAAUAAGAAGCAAAGUGGCCUCAGCCUCCUCUCUCAGAACCCGCACGCUAAGCCAUAAUUUGGUUUAGCAUUAUGUAUGACGAUCAGCAAAUAAUUGACAGUGCCUGCACAGUCUUCAUUUCUUUAGUGGCAAGCCAGAGUUUCCAUGCUGAAUGGUGAUUGUGCCUUUCUUAAAGAUAAGCACUGACUGCUAGUUUUGAAUUUUCUGUGAAAGUGUUGAAUGAAAUAGAAUUUUAAAUCCUAAGUCCGCAGACCAAGUGGACUCUUAUCUAAAGUAGACCUUGAUUAAAUGUGUGCAGCUUCCAUUUAUUUGAAUAAAUACUCAUCUCCUGUCUAGAAAAUAAUGUCUAGCACGGUUAUUGUUAGAAUUGUCUCCUUAUAUUGUAUUGUCCACCUUGUUUCGGGAUAGUUUAGACCUCUUCCAUACUUAAAUCUUUGUUAACAUAAAUCACUGUUACCUUCAUUAGUGUAUGGUGUAUGUUGUAAAUCUUAAAACGUGACUUUAAUAAAACAUGGUUUCCUUGUGCAUCCAUUGGCAUGGUUACUUUCUAACAGAUUUUAUGUGCAGCUGUUUUUAUGGAUUUGGUUUUUUUCAGAUUCCAGAUACCUUUGCUUCCCUUUCCUCCAAUUUUCCUUUAAAAAGCACACAUAGGAUCCAUUUUUCAAAGUCUGGUUUGCCAAACUCAUGUUGCCCUCUGACCACACGGGAAAGAUCCUGCCUUCUGCAGAAACAUGGUUAUUUCCAUAAGGUGGUUGCAGAGGAAAAUCUCUUGCGAUGAAAUGAAAAUGGUUGAAUUAAGGCAGCAAAUGUCGUGACCUCCAAAUGUUGAUCCACUUCAAUUCAGAGAAGCUGUAUUUUGGGGGAAGCUGGCGGUUUUAAAUGCCGCUCACAUUUUCUUCACAAGCUUUUCCAACAGAAAAAGGAUAUUUUGACUAAAAUCCAACUUUCCAAAUUUAUUUUAUUAAAAUAAACAAGCAAAUACAUUGGGGGGAAAUACGAGAGCAACAGAACUCAUCACCAGCAAUAAAGCAAAACAUGAAAAGUAGCCCCUAUUUAAACCAAUGGUGUUUACGUGAGUCAUUUUAAAAAUUCACAUUGCAACCAUUCACAUGACUACAAAUGAGAAUGAAGCUCCACACAUGCAUACCUUUGCUUGCGUGAUGAAGCUCCGUACUCCAUCAGUCUCUUACGGCAGGUCAGGCAGCUUUGCAGCCAUUAAUGUUGUCUCCUUCCCUCAUAUCUAUUCACUGCUGUACAGUCCAGGUGCCUUUUAUGUUUUCCUGUGCAGUUUGUAAUGAGUUCUGUUGCUCUUACAUCUCCUCUAACAGGCUGGGGGUGGGUGGGAAUUGUUUUGUUUAAUCUCAUCGAUCUUCGCCUUUUCUUCCACCCUUUUCCCCCCUGCCAGCACCUACUUAUCGUGGCUUACCACGUCCUCAUUCUUCACGAGGUAGAAAGCCGUGGCUGCCUUCAAAUGCUUCAGAGUUUAGGAUAACUAAGGCCCUCCGGAGCUCUGGUUCUCCUUUGCGCCAGCAGAGCACCCCUCAACUUGUUAGGACGGCUGCCACCAGUAGCAGCAGCGAGACCAGCAUUUCGAGCAUCGAGAAGGUGGAAGAGCUGGCAAGACGGCUUCAGCAGUACCACAUCACGCAAAGGAAAAACAGCCUUGCCAUUUAGUUGUAAAUAAAGACUGCAAGUUGUGAACAAGGGAGCAGGGAGGGGAAGGGUCUAGUUGCCAGUUAUGAAACCGUAUUAUAUCAACCCCAAAUAAACCAUUUAAUUUGAUAUUAAA